AGACUCCGCCCUGCGCGCCCUGCUCUCUCCCCUCCUCGCUCGGAGGCCGGCCUUGCGCCCUCCUUCCUCGGCCUCGCCUCUCUUGGGGAGGCGGCGAGGAGGCCGUCCCGGAAGGCUCGGGGGCCGGGCCGCUUGCGUCGCUUCCCGUGGGCUGGCGAAGGGAAGGGGAGAAGCGGAGGGAAGGGGAGGCGCUGCCCAUGCAGAGCAGGCAGCAAGAGCCGCCGCGGCGCUCCGGGGAGCAGCCGGAGCUGGAGCAGCCCAGGGCAGCGGGAGACGCCGUGGAGGAGCCGGAGGAGGAAGAGGCGGAGGAGCCCGGCCGGGCCCGGGCCCCCUACGCCAUGGAGAUCGAGAAGGAGUUCCGCCGGCUCGACCAGGCCGACAGCUGGGCCGCCAUCUACCAGGUGAGCCGGGGCCGGGCGCGGAGAAGAAGCCAGGCGGGGAGCGCCGGCGCCCGGGAGCGCGACUGAGCAAGCUCGGGCUCCUCCGUCCUCCGCCGCCGCCGCCCCAUUGUCCGCCCUUCCCCACCUCUCCACCCCCAACUCCUUUUUCUGCUGCCCUAGAGACUCGCCCCUUGCCUCGGGCUCCUUGCCCCUGCUCCUUCCUCUCACUCAUAAUAGAGUUUUGUGUUACUUUUAAAAAAACUGCAUUUCUCCUCAGCCUUAAUUUUGGGUUGUGUGUGUGUAUGGAGAGCCCCCCUCCUUCUCCUGUCCCACUUUCUGACCCCCUUUCCCUUGUUGCUUGGCUAGCAUGGAAGACAUAGAAGGGAGCGCAUUGUGUGCGCUCGCCGGUUUCGGUCAGCUUCCCUUUUGAGACAUCUCCCUGUCAGGUUCUGUCGAGCCCUUUAGAGAUUAUGCUGCUACAAUUGUGGGUCUUGUUGGUGUGUUUUAUUUUUAUUUCAUUUCUAACACAUCUGCUUUGGGAAGCGUGAGAGAGGCUCCGUUGUUUUUAUCCUUGUUCUACCCCUCGAAGCAAUGCUCUUUCUUUCCAAACCCCUCCAGCGUCUCUGCUCCCUUGUACAAGGUUUCUUGGGGGCUGGGGAGGGGGACUGACUCUUGGCAUGCCCUCCCAGACAUGUCUGUGCGCAAUCUGCUUAGGAUAACUCUUUUCUCCGUUUGUUCUUCCCUAAUUAACAGCUUCCUACAACAGGAAUAGUCGAGCCCAUCGUUCUGCCCUGCCAAGAAAUAAUUCUAGUACUGUAAUCCCUUUUCCCCUUGUGAAGAAGAGUGUUACUCUACUUGUCUUCCAGUAGUCUAGGUUUAGAAUUAAAUAACAUUUUUUACAUCCUUCUCCGGCCAAGGACAUUAAGAGUUGUUUGCGUCUCAAUUCCACAAGCAUAUUUUGUUUUAUUGUCCUAUAUUCCUAUAUAUUCUUGUACUAAUAAGGGUAGCCUACCUGGAACCUGAAUAACCUGAAUAUCUUUUUGUGUGUGGAUAUUUUGUGAUACAUGCGUAUGUAUUAGCUUGAAACUGUUUUUUUUUUUUAUCCUUGUUUUUUUGUCAGUCUUUAUAAUGCUGACUUUAAUUUUGAAAAUGUUCCCUAACGCUAUUGCAUAACAGUGGUCUGAAGAUUGGAGUCAUGCUCAUAUAUUUAACAAGUUUUUUGGAACAAUUCUCUUCUCGAGUAAGUUGCAUUAGGUAGGAAGUAACAGGCAAGAAUAGUCACUGAAAUCAGUUGCCAUUAUUAUAAAAAAUGAUUGUAUAUCUUUUAAUAACCGUGCACAAAUACUUGUACAAAUAUUUUGCUGCCUCGGGGUUUUGGGUGAAUCAAUGGUGUGGUUGAAAGGAGAGCUUUCUCCCCAAUUCUUUAAUGAGCAUCUGUUUUGGCAUGGCGUUUGUAAGAUGUGUUUUAAUGGAUAUUGAUGGGGUUUUAGUUCAUACGCUGCCAGGCUAAAUCAAUAUGUGAGAUUGGGCUUUGCUACUACUCCCUUUGCAGGGGAGGUGAAUGUAUUUAUACCUUGCCCUGGGGCUUUUGGAGAAUGGAAAGGUUGCAAAAUCAAUUCCUUUCCUUCCGGUUAUGUUAUGAAGGAUUGAGGGAAAUAUUUUGCAUAACUUGGAAGGUGAGCAAUGAUGUUUGCACCACUGAACUAGAAAUCAAGACUGCAGGCCUUUGCAGAGUUAAGCCCAUUGAUUUCAGCUGGUUUCAACACAACUAGCUGCAAGUAGGAUUGGGAUGCACAAUUGGUUUAGGUUUGUGCAUGCCUUGGGGUAGGGGGUUGCUCUUUUUCCUGCAUUGCAGGGAGUUGGACUAGAUGAUCCUUGGGGUGUCCCUUUCAAUUCUACAAUUCCGUGAUUCUUCUUGUGGCAUUUAUGUUCUUCAGUGUGUUAUGAAAGUGAGAAUUUUGUUACCCCCUGCCCAAAUGUCCUUGGAACAGAAGGUACCGUGAAGGGACAACACUGAGAAAGGACUUUGCAAAAUGCAUUAGACCAGUGUAGCUGUUACUUUUGCUUUAAUCUAAUUUUGUCCUUUCCUCGUAGCUUCGUUGUAUAGUAUCACUUGGAUGGUAAAUUAUGUCAGCCAAAGUAAGGAAAUUAGGUCAAGGUGGCUGCUCCACUCUCUCUCUAGUCUUACACCAUGUGCUUUGCAUAAAAUCGCUCCUUAAUGUGGUAGCACUUCACAGCGUUUCUGAGCACUUUGCUGCUAAAAGCACAGUAGGCACAUUUAAGAGAGUGCUGCAAAACUUAACUGCUAAUUCUUAGAAAAAUGUCUACACUUGUUCCACGAUCGCAGCUUCAAGUUCAGUUCAGGUCAGAAAUAAACACUGGCAUCUUUUGGCCUUGGAGGAAUGCGUCUAAACGUUUUCUCUAGUGCACUUGUCACUGAAGAACACUUAAAUUCUCACCUGUGCUGGGGUCAGUAGAGCUGUCAGGUAUUGAAUAGACCAUGGAGCUGAACUGCCUAACCUCCCCCAUCCCACCCCCGCUUCAGUCUUACACAGAGUCAUCCAGUUCCUGAAUAAACCAGCAAACUUCACAGCAGUUUGAAAUAUUUAGGUUCACCAAGUCCUUCAAUGGAAAUGUGGGCGGGUUGCUCAGUUUUGACACAAAGGUACAUGCUGCAUGUGGGAUCAUUGCCACGUUCUUUUAUCAAGUCAGCUUGCCUUCGCAGUAAAUUGUUCUCAAAAAACUCCUUCGUUUUCAAAGACUUUCCUCAGUCGCCUGUUCAUCUGUCCUCCCCGCACCCGAAAAACAACCUUUGCCGCAGUGGUCUUCCCUUCGCUGUUUCUUACCUAGCCAAAUCCAUUCGCUUCAUCUCUGUGGUGCUGGCCUUUGGGGGCUCCUAGGUGGGCUGCCAGGUGUGUGUGUAACACCCAUAAAACAAACAGACCUGUGGUAUAGUCCAUGUGGCAGAAGCAAAUUAUGAAUCGGUGGGAUGGCACCUUGCCCCCGUUAGCUGUACAGUGGUACCUCUACUUACGUUCACCUCCAGUUACGUAUCCUUCGGGAUACGUACGAGGCAAACCUGGAAGUAUUUUUCCGGGUUUUGCCGCGCGCACAUGCGCAGAAGCGCUCUACCGCCACAUGAGGAGAAGUGGUCUCUCCAGUUGCAGAAACCUCAGUAUCCAACUGGAGCUCCGGAACGGAUCUUGUCUGCAACUGGAGGAAUCACUGUACUCAUUCCUCUCCACUUCUGGUUUAGCAAUAAGCUUCACCCAAUUCUGACUGUGAAAAGUGAAAGUGCAGCUUAUAUUCGCGACAUUACAGUAUGCAGCCAGGAGUAUAGGGCAAACAGUGCCAGGAGGGUGGCAAAGCGGCGACUGCCCCACGCACAGUCCCCCGUUCUCUCCCCCAGGGCUGGGAAGGGAGAGAGCAAUGAAGGGGCAAUGCAGGGCAGCUCCCGCUACCCUGCUCAGUGUGCAGCCAGGAACAGCGAGGAAUGGAGCGGCUUAUAUCCGGGGGGGGGGGUUCUCCCCCCCCCCGCUCACCAAUUUUAAAGGUGUGGCUUAUAUUCGGGUGCGGCUUAUAUUCGGGCCAAUACGGUACUUUGAGGCUUCAAAGCACAUUCAUUUCAGUAAUCCUUGAGUGCCACCCAGGUGCAAAAAAUGGCACCCAGACUUCAGGAGGUGCUUGCAAAUAGAGAAUCUUUAGGUGUAAAAGGUGCCUGGCACCCUGCUAAUUUCGAACCCAGGCUGGCACUAAAUAAAUAUUAAUAACGUAGUACAGGCAACUCCCAGUUUACCUAGGAAUUACCUUUCAUGGCACUGCGUGUUUAAGUGAAAUUGUAUAUAUUUGAAACUCCACUGAAAACGGCCUGCAAAUGCCCCAUUCCCCCCACUGCCCUGAUCCCCCAUAUCGGAUGCGUCUAAAGUGGUUCCUGCCUGUGGUAAACUCAUUAUCCAAUAUUUGUGUGGGGCUCAGGGGGGUCUGGGGUUGUUACGUCUUUCCUUACCUUGGUCAUAAGACUGGAAUAAAACACUAUGCCUUCAGUUUUAUAGGCUGUUUUAUAGGCCGCUUGCCUUUAGAGUGCCUUUAGAGGCCUUUGGUCAGGGCUCAGCCUGACUCCCCUUCCCUUUUGGUAUAAGAACUAGUACGAAAGAGGCCUCCCAGUAUUCUCACAGGGACAUAUAAGAUCAGCGUGCACCGUUGGGCCUGAUGAGCAUUUACUGUUCCCAACCCAAAUCCUGCGGAAAGCCAUCUAAUUCAGAUUUUAAUUCUAUCCUGAUUUGUUUUAAAGAGGUGAUUUAAUUAUUGUUUGAUUUUAUAUCAGUGUUUAUAUUUGACGUUAGCCACUCUGAGCCCGGUCUCUGCCAGGGAGGGCGGGAUACAAAUAAAAGUUGUUUAGUAUUAUUAUUAUUAUUAUUAUUAUUAUUAUUAUUUAUUAUACAUGAACUUUUAAUAAAAGAGUAUGCUGUCUUUAGAAGCAUGUAGUAUGCAUGCAACUCCAGACUAUAUGUUGAGUGUUACAUUUUCUGAUUAUCCUUUUGCUCUCCUCCAUUGGAAAUAACUGUAAUCACAACAACUGGUUCCCAAGGUCUAGGAAGAAUUAAAAUCAUUGUAGAACAGCUGCCUAUGGUGGAGUUCUAGGCCUUGCCUUGACUGGAGUUGUGCAGUGGAAUGGUGGUCUAUGUACACCCAUCUGUGGCUUUACAUAAAAGUAAACGUGUGCUGAACACUAGCAAGUAAGUCCACAGACACGUCAAGUUUACACAAAUGUUUACUUCCCAUGCAUACCUAUGUGAAAACAAAUUCUUGCACGCAGAUAAAUUACAGCACAAUCUGUUCCUCUUCCAGAAGCUUUUCUGCCUGGUGGUUGUGCUGAUUUGCCAAAAGUUACUAGCUGAGCGACUAUUUUCAUGCCAACACUAAAGCCCAGCUGUAAUAAUCUAUGAAAGUGUCUGGCUAUAUAUAUGUAUUUAUGUAUGUAUAGCUUGGGUGGCACUGGAAGAGUCUGGGAUGUUGAGCAUGGGCUUCAACAGGAGGGAGAAACCAGGAAAAAGCGGAAGUAGGCAGCUUCUGUGAUUUAUUGAAUAUGCUUUAUUGAUUUUUCCUCCCUAAUCAAAUAUUUCAGUUCAGCUACUUUUGGCUAAUGGGGAAAAAAACCUUUUGAUGGAUUUAUGUUGCAUGAAAAAUUAACACAACAUACUUGUUUAGUGGAUUAAUACCAAUCGGAGUCUAAUUGCUAUUUAGGGCACUGGAAAAAAUUCCAAUUUUUUGGUGUGGGGUUUUGUUUUUUUUAAAGGACCAUCCCUGAAUUUAAAGAGCUUGGUGGGUUUUUCUGGGAAGUCAUUGCAUAAUAAAACUGAAAAGCCAUGUACUUACCUGUCACACUUUUUGUUUGGGGGGAAAAGCAAAGCAACGCUCUAAUGCUUAAGCAGAACGCAUAGAAGGAGCUGGUCCUUAAAGCACGUUGGGGAUAAUCAGUCUCUGACAUGUAACUCCAGCCUAGAGGUGAGCCUUCUGGCAGAAAUGAGAAUGUUUCAUGCAGUAUCAUAUAAUAAUACAUACUUUUAUUAACUUGGCUGUAUUUAUACCCCCCCCUUCAUGUUAUUUCUGGCAUCACGUAUAAUUUUUGAGGUUGUAUCUUAUCCCUCUUCCCAUGGGGUGAACUACAUUUUGCCAAUAGCAGUGAUAAUCCAUAUUAAACAAUGAAAUGUGAGCAUUUUGAGAAGGAACUGAAAGAAAGAAAGAAAGAAACCAAGGGGGGGGGGAGAGAGAGACAUUUCUUUCUGAAAAAGAAUAAAAUAUCAGUUCCCUGUUCAUAUAUUACACAAUCUGACAUGAAUGACUAUGACACAGGGUUCUCACUGAAAGUACUUUGGCAUUUUUGUGCCAGAUGGUUUGCCACAAAUUCUUCAGGGCAUAAGAGUUUGGGAAGGAUGCCCAGGACAAAGGCAAAGAAUCCAAUCUGUUUUCCAGCCUGUACCAAUGUCUCAGAAAAUACUCAAAAUAGCUCGCCACUUUUCUUGAAGCAACAGUGGUCUAGUUCUGGGAAGCAGCUGAUGAGGCAGUAAACUUGCAUCUUGGUUGUAUCCCUUCAGAGUGCAGAUGAGCAUCUCACCGUGCAAAUACCCACCUUUGGGGGGAGGAAAUUCUAUGCAUAAAGAGAAUGAUGUGUAGAGAGAAUGAUGCUAAAACCACCCUCUUUGACAUCCAGUUUUCUGUGUUUGAGAAUUCCUAUGGGGGAGAAUUCCAUCAUACGAAAAACAAACCCAUCUCAUUCUGCUGUACGCACAGACCAGACCUGAUAUGGUCGAACGGACUUCAGGUGUACUCUGGACUUUAGGCCAGGGAUUGAUGAAUUUGCUGAAUUCCACAUGUGGUGGGAUGACAGUGAUUAUCAACCAUGGCCAUUGGGCUCAGGUUAUCCAUCUCUGUUUCGUAUGUUGAAACACACUUUAACUGAAUGCUAUCUUACAUUUGGACUGAAGUCUCUGUGAUGUUAAUUGCAUGAAUGCUAGAAAUGUGCAUGUUUAAAACAAAACGUAAAUAGUCUGUGCAGCACCACGAGUGCAGAGGAUGGUGCUAAGGAGCUGCCCUUGGGAGGAAAAGUGGGAUUUAAAUUUUAAAAAAAUAAAUAAGAGUUUAAUCUUACCAUUUCCUGUGGCCCCAACAAAAUGUGCGCCUAAUGGGGGGGUUAUUGAGUUGCUGUUUUUAUUGUGAUUAUGUAUUUUGUGGUUUUAUAUUUUGAGUUUAUCUUGAGACCUCUGGGUAUAGGGCGGUGUAUAAAAUCAAUCAAUCAAUCAAUCAAUGGGUCCUAUUUACACCAGGGAGGAAGCCUGCAUUGGCACCAAGGGAGGUUUCUCUCUUCUUAAGCAAAGAGGGACUUUAUGGAAAAGGGUUACAACUCUUCUCUCCCAGCCUCUGUGAUCUGGAUCUGUCGGAGGAUCCCCUGAGGCUGCUACAUGUGUAGCAAAAAAAACAUGCAAGUUAAUUGCACCCAUGCAAUUAUUGCCACAUCUACUUUGGUCUUGAGUCUCCUCCUUAAGUGGCGCAGUCUAGACGCAUAUUUAUCACCUGAUGAGAGAACUAGACUUUAGGAUAUGGGGUGAUGUUAACAUGGAGAAUGAGACUAUUCAUGGCUACUAGCCACGUGGGAGGCUAUUGUGCUGCCUUCUCAGCUGGAGGCAGCCAUGUUUCUGAAUACCAGUUGCUGGAAACUGCAAGGCAGAGUCCUUUUUCUCUUACAUCUUGGUUGUUGGUUUCCCACAGACCUCUGGUUGGCUACUGUGAGAACAGGUUACUGGAUGAGGUGGACCACUGGCCUGAUUCAGCAAGGUAUCUUUAUGUUCAUAUAAAUGUGGCAUAAGUAGCUCGCAGGCUGAAAGAAACAGCCAGCUGCAAUGCUAAACCAAGCUGUAAUCCAGUGAAAGCUGUGGGACUUUCAUGCAAACAAGCAUGCCAAGGCUUACACUGUGUAUCAGAGGAAGAGCAGGGGUGGCCUGCGUGGCACCAGCUAGAUGUUGUUGCACUACAACUGGCACCAUCCCUCGCCAUUGACAAUGCCACCUGAACCUGGUGGGAGUUGUAGUCCAUUAAUAUCUCCUGAGCAACAUGGUGACCAGCCCCAACUUAGUGCUAAUGGCAAGUGCCAGAUUAAAGGAGACUUCUAAGCUAGGGUUACCAGACGUUCCCAGGGACAGUCUCUGGAUUUGCAAAUCUGUCCCCGGACAAAUUCCACCCCCGGAAUUUCCCCACAUUUGCAAAUCUGUCCCCGGGAAACGUGGCAGCAGCAGCCUCAGCAGCCCGGAACCAGCCUGGUAGCACUGCUCGCUGCCAUGACGCCUGCCACUUUCAUGCGCCACAGCAGCGAGCAUCUCCUGAAGCCAGCCAGAGCCAACUGCACUACCAGGCUGGCCCCUCCUGGGCAAUGGCCGCCUGCCCAUGACUCCCGAGCCUCCCCUGAUCUGUCAAAACAAAAGGGGAAGGAGAUCAGGGAAGACUCGGGUGUCACGGGCAGGUGGCGCGCCAUUGCCCAGUUUUUUUAAAAAACUGCGCAUUUAUGUUUCACAGGGUGCGAAAGAAGGGCUUUGCACCUUUAUACAAUAUGCAUGUGUGCUUGGGCCCGGGGUUUUUUGCCUCACCAUCCCCACUACUGACUCCCUGUUGCUACUCAGCUUCAAAAAAAAAAAAAAAUGUCCCCGGAUUCAUUGAAAAAAAUCUGGUAACCAUAUUCUAAGCAGUGUUUGAAACUCCAGUUGUUCUAGGCGCAUUUUGCGACAGGGGAUUUCAUUAGUGCGAGCAGUUUCUGGGCUCUGGACACAGUACUGCGCCUAAGAUUUCAGAUUAAAACUGCAGAUUGGAAGGAAAGGAGGGCCUUUUUCUGCCUCCCCACUUCCAGCUACUCUCUGAAGACUGGAGAAGAGACCCUCUUAAGAAUAUUAGGGGGGUGGGCAGGGGAAGGACUAGACCAGGGGUCAGCAACCUUUUUCAGCCGUGGGCCAGUCCACCGUCCCUCAGAGCAUGUUGUGGGCCAGACUGUAUUGGGGGGGGGGGAUGAAUGAAUUCCUAUGCCCCACAAAUAACCCAGAGAUGCAUUUUAAAUAAAAGGACACAUUCUACUCAUGUAAAAACACACUGAUUCCUGGACCAUCCGCGGGCCGGAUUGAGAAGGCGAUUGGGCCGCAUCCGGCCCACGGACCUUAGGUUGCCUACCCCUGGACUAGACCAUGUGAAAAAUGAACAUAAGAUUUUAACUGCAGUUCAUUCAUUUUCAGCUUUGUAUUCUUGUUAUAAAAAAGAGCACCUAGACAUUCUGUUGUUGCACCCAUAACCUAGGUUUAAGGUGCCAUUCAGCUCCUAGCUUUAAUAUCUCAGUUUCUAACACUGCUUCUAAGUAGGUGAUAAUCUUUCUGACAAAGCUAAUGGUGUGCCUUUCAGAACAUGUCAUUUAGUACAUGGAUCUCUCUGGCGUAUUUACUCUCAAUGUGAAGGAUAUUGAGCAAUAGCUGGCAGCCAAGGGAAGCAAGUUUUGGCAAUUUCUUUAUAAGCAAGAGGGUGGUAUCUGAAGAGAAUUUCCUGCUAAAGUAGCAAUUAAUAUUACUGAAGUUCCUAAGAAUUGAAAAUAGAUGCAAGGGAGCAGCUUGUGGUCUACAUUCAACCUGCAAUACUCUCUUGUAGAGUCUGGUCUCUUAAAAUCUUGAGCACUUCUAAGGCCUCAUGCCUUCAAGCUAACGCUGAAUUAAAACAGCAUUUUCUUUUAUUUAAAAUGCCAUGAGGUUUUCAGUUAAGUAAUAUUGGUCUCUGGUAUAAUCAAAUCCUAAACAGUUUGUUAAAAAAAAUCCAAAACUCUGAUAGUGAACUCUACAGCAGCGUCAGGGAGCAUAACGUUACUUCUGUGGAUAUAGUUUGGGCAGGCCAUCCCAAUCUAGAUGAGUUAUUCAGGCACAGAAAGUUCUGUAAUGGUAGAAAUUGGGCUUUUUGAAAAUAAGGUUGGAUUCAGCAGAAGAUUAAAGGCCUACAAAUUGUACUACUGUAAUCUUCUUUCUCGUGGUCACAAUUUUCUACUUGCCUAGAGCGCUGGGCGCUGGGGUGGAUAUAUUUUUCAACUGGAAGCCAGCAUUUUACAGACCAUGUUCUUUGGAAACUUGCAUCUCGAAAUCUUUGUAAAAAUCUAGUGGAGGAGGAGGAGGAGGUGGUUUGGGACCUAUUAAUUUUGAAAGCCAACCCUCUAAUCUGUCUGCAACUUUUCCAGUGUGUUAAUUUUAAUGGGUUCUUACUUUUAAAAUGAACUCAUCAUUUUCAAAGCUCGGGUGACUCAUCCUCUCCAGACUAAAAUGCCACAUGCAAAUUUGUUCCUAAAUAUUACAAAAUGUGGAAAACGGAAAUUAACCCAGUACUUCAGUCAGUUCUUUUGGGAUGACAAAAAUUAUUCUGUUCAGAAAACAAGUGACAGCUUUACCAGCUAGGAUAAACCAGCUAGGACAACAGAACAGACGCUUCAGGGUGGGGGUCUCCAACCUAGAUGAUGGACUACAAUUCCCACCAUUGACCAUGUUUGUUGCAAAGUACCAGAUUGGGAGGAGGAUGUUUCGCAGUGUCAUCUAUGCAUGUGUUUUGAUUUUAACUGGGGCUCACUGUUUUGGCACUGGAUAAGCUGAAAGUUGCUGGCUGUUGUCACCUUGAUUUAGUGCCUGGUUUGAUAUGCACAGAGACUUGUUUUGUUGCUGUCCCACCAAAGAUAUGGCAGGAAGAAUUAUCAGAAGCUUCCUUUUACUAUUGUUAACCUUGGACUGGACUUAGGAGAGGGAGGAGCGAAGUUUUUGUUCUUACAGCCUAUUAAUUCUUUUCACUUACUGCUCAAUUGGCAAAACUCAUCUCAUUCAUGGACUUGCCACCCUUUUCUGUGAUCAGUAUUAUGUGUUGUGUAUCGGUUCUGUUUUCUGCAGUAGGCCUGAAAGGCAGAGAAACUACCCACACUGAGAGCCAGUGUGGUGUAGUGGUUAAGAGCGGUAGUCUCGUAAUCUGGGGAACCGGGUUUGAGUCUCCGCUCCUCCACAUGCAGCUGCUGGGUGACCUUGGGCCAGUCACACUUCUUUGAAGUCUCUCAGCCCCACUCACCUCACAGAGUGUUUGUUGUGGGGGAGGAAGGGAAAGGAGAAUGUUAGCCGCUUUGAGACUCCUUAAAGGGAGUGAAAGGCGGGAUAUCAAAUCCAAACUCUUCUUCUUCUUCUUCUUCCUUUAACAAAAACUGCUAGGUUGCUGUGCUCCUGAACCCAGGAAUAUCCCAGGCUAUGCAUAACCAAUACUUCUGCUAGCAUAUUGCCAGCGGAGGUAACUUCUUAUAGAAGCAAAACUACCGUGUAUCUGUGAUUACCGUCUGUGUAAACAGGUUACCCCUUCAUAUGGCAUCAAUAGCUGCCUGUGGUUAGAUUGUACGCUGUGAAUGGAAUGAGGUUCAUUCACAUGACUAAAUGUUGUUGGUGAUAAUCUGUUGCUAUCUUGCGCGGUAUUAGGUGGCUUAGACUUGUCACAAAGGGCUGUGAUGGACACAGCACCUAGGCUGAAAUGUUUUGAGAUUUCAAAACUAACUUCAGGUGUUCCAAGUAAGAUACAAAUGGGGCAAUAAUUUAAGUGCCAACCUGAAGGUGACUACUUUCAGAGCUGUAUGUGUUCUCUCUGUUUGCCAGCAAGCACAGAAUCACGUGAGGACAAAACUCAGCAUCCUGAAAGUAUUUAUUUGCUGUUUGACUUGCAGAAUAUAUAUGUGGACAUAGAGGUAACCUGUGAUUUGAUGGCAGUUUUAAGCGGGUGUCCUUGUUACCAAAAAAAAAAUGUUUAUGAAAUUUGACUACCCAUAACAAUCCAUGCCUCAGAUGCACACUUUUGUUCCAUGGCUGCACUGAAGAGAACUGAAUCCAUGAGUCUUUACAGUCAGUGGAGACAGAGGUGGUGUGUGAUUUUAUGGUUCUUUUGUUGGGGGGGGGACAAUUACAGUGGUACCUCUGGUUACGUACUUAAUUCGUUCCUGAGGUCCGUUCUUAACCUGAAACUGUUCGUAACCUGAAGCACCACUUUAGCUAAUGGGGCCUCCCGCUGCUGCCGCACCGCCAUGAUUUCUGUUCUCAUCCUGAAGCAAAGUUCUUAACCCGAGGUAUUAUUUCUGGGUUAGCGGAGUCUGUAACCUGAAGUGUAUGUAAACCGAGGUACCACUGUAUACAAUUUCCAGAGGAACCAUUUUAUGAAAUAUGAUAUGUAAGCACAUCUUUUCCAUUUUCCUUCCACUGGUCUCCCAGAUCACUACAACUUUCCCAUUCAGCUGCUCCACUUUCUGUUCAGCUGCUUAGGUACAAUCCGAAAAGCACAUAGAGAUGAAAGAGGAAGUGAGAGAGAGUGUACCUCUUCCAACUUCCCCUUCAGCUCUUUAUGCUUUGCAAAGGGGAUCAGUGUAACUACCCUUGCCACCUCAUGACAAAGAGGCUGUGAUUGGGCAUUGGUAGAUCCAGGCCAGGGGCUUUGUAGCACCAAGGGAGGUCCUCAAGAGUGCCACUGUGCCCAUGGCACUGUAAUCCCUGGCUCAGCUUAGAGCUACAUGGAUGGCCCUGAGCAAAGCUUUGUCGUCAUGUCCCACUGGAGGAAGACUUAAACAAGCCAGUUUUAUAAGCCAUGGGUUGAUGUUUGCUUAUACCGCGACUGUUGUUUUAAACCAGGAUUCCUGUUUCCCACGUAAUGUUAAGCCAAGGUUCUUUGAAACCGAAGGCAAACUCCACAGAUGUCCUCUUCCUUCUGGCCAUGCAGGGUGGGUGAGUGCUUGGGACUUGUCCAUGUGGCACUACACUGUGGUUUACUGUUGCAUGUGAACCAGCCAAUUAGCUUAAAAGGAGAACGGCAUGAACAUAGCACAAAAAGGGCAAGUACUAAAGCCUUCUUGAAUAGCCGGCUUUGCUUCUAAGCAUCUAAAAGCACACAGUGCUUGAAGAAUCUUGCCUGCCAGGCAUUUCCCUGUGGUGGGUUCUCCACUUUGCAGCCAACAACCAAGGAAUCUAGAGCAAGGCUUCGUGUACUGAAUGGAGCGUGCAGGGGAAGGAACAUAAUGGCCUGAAAGAUAUCUGAGUGCCAAUCAGUUUAUAAAUCUCCGGUUUUAUUUAUUUGUUUUCAAAAGCAAGUAAUAGAUCUGAAGGCUUCCAAGAUGGGUUUGCAUGUAUGUGGGUAGUAUCUAAUAACAUCUCAGACGGCAGCGGUCUGUCUGAACAGGCUGCCCUUGUCUUUGAUCAGCAGCCAGGGUAACACUGUGGACAGAAUACAUCGGACUUGGAGCAGGAAUAAGUCUGUUCAAAUCCCCUUGCACCUUUGACGCUCUUGGGGUCGUCUUUUUCUUUGGCAAUCACUCAUAGCCAAGUAAGAUUGUCUUCUAUAAACACGGUUUUAACAAUGAGUCCAUAGGUGACUGUGGACGCCAAUUUUGGAUCCACACAUCCUUCCACAGUGGGGACAUUGAUUUCCCGGCGGGAGUUGAUCACAGUGUGGAUUUGCCAAGCGUGCCUUCCUCUUGGCACGUUUCUCCCUUGUGUCCUGAGUUCGAUGUCUUCAAAGCCCAUGACACCUUUGGUAAAGGCUGUUCUCCAACUGGAGUGCUCACCGGCCAGUGUUUCCCAGUUGUCAGUGUUUAUACUACAUUUUAAAAGAUUUGCCUCAAGAGCAUCUUUAAACCUCUUUUGUCGUCCAUCGGCAUUACGCUUUCCAUUUUUAAGUUCGGAAUAGAGUAGUUGCUUUGGAAGAUGAUCAUCAGACAUCCGCACAGCAUGACCAGUCCAACGAAGCUGAUGUUAAAGAAUCAUUGCUUCAACACAAGUGACCUUUGCUUCUUCCAAUACACUGAUACUAGUUCGCCUGUCUUCCCAAGUGAUGUGUAAAAUUUUUCGGAGACACCAUUGAUGGAAUCUUUCGAGGAGUUGGAGAUGGCGUUUGUAAGUGGUCCAUGUUUCACAAGCAUAUAGUAAGGUUGGUAGUACAAUAGCUUUGUAAACAAAGCUACAAAGCUCUUGGGGUAAGACUGGACCAGUCACACACUCUCGAACUAGGCCAUAUUGUUGUUCUGAGACUAAAAACGGUGUAUAAAUUAUCACACCGGUUAUAGAAUAUGAGACCCCACAGGAUCUGGUAUUUUUUCUGUUGAAUUUUAUAGAUGGCUCCGUUAAACGUGUAGCAUAAAGAAUUAGUUUCAUGUGUGGUCAUAACAGCAAGCGUUUUGCUGGCCAAAGAAAAGUGGGGUGGGGGGUGGGGAGAUUAAACCUUUGCCAUUUGUAAAAGGGUGGAUAGGAGAAAAUGUGAGAAUUUGCCAAAGGAAUACAUCACAUUAGAAUAAGUGAGAGAGAGAGAGAUAGUGAGGGGGAGGUGAUGACAGGUUAAGUUUAUAAUAAAGUGGAUCUUUUUUACCGAACGUGGUAAAAACCUGUUGCUUCUUGAUUAUUAUUUUUUUAAUAUAUUGAUUUCAGAUCUCAGGUAUGUGUUAGGUGUUUUGCAACUGUUCUAGUUGUGUUGCUGUUUUUGUUGUUAUAUGGUCAGUUUCGUACCCAUCCUUACAGCAAUUUAAAAAUGCAGUAUUAAGAACAGUUUAAAAGAAAUUACAGGCCUAGGGCUCUGCUCCUGCUCGUAUUGUUUUAAUAUAUGCAUUAGAGGUGAAUCAUACUGAUUUAUAAUGCUUUCUUUAUAGGAGAAAUUAUAUAUUAGGGAAGAAUAUGCUCCAAGAGUAUUCAACCUCCUUUUGACCGAUUGAUCUAUUUAUUAAUCUCUAUUCUUUCCUUUUUUAAAAAAAAAAAUACACCCAUGUAUUUUUAUUCUGUUGAUUUUUUGCUUAAUAUAUGUAGGCUGUUUUAAUGUGUGUAAUCUGUACAUCUUGGCAUAAUUAUUCUUCUCUGGGCACACGUGGAGUGCCAACACAGGAUUUUGAUCCCCUCCUCUGCCCAGCACUCUGUAUAAGCAGCCAUGGCUAUGUAAAGCCCUUCACUUCUCUUGAGCUAUGCUUUGUCUCACCAGCCCUUCUGCUUCAAAACAGUUGUCCAGCAUUUGUGGCCGUGAUUAAAAUACACGAGGAUUUAGAGGUAGGAUAUAUACAACAGGUGCACUCUAAUGCGUAUAAAAAUAAGGAAAACUGAUCCCGGCUCCUACCCCUAUUUAAAGAUGCACAAAGCUAUAUUGCUGUAAAUGGUUUGAAAAGCUGGUAAAGAAAUAUUGAGAGGUUGCAGGUAAUUGUCCGGUUUGGUUUUCUAUGCUUUUUUCUCCUUGCUUUGGUGUACCUAUUGCUGUGAACCACAAUCAAGCAUGUUGUUUAGUUGUGUCUGACUCUUUGUGACCCCAUGGACCAGAGCACUCCAGGCACUCCUGCCUUCCACUGCCUCCCGCAGUUUGCUCAAACUCAUGUUAGUAGCUUCGAGAACACUGUCCAACUAUCUCGUCCUCCGUCAUCCCCUUCUCCUUGUGCCCUCCAUCUUUCCCAACAUCAGGGUCUUUUCCAGGGAGUCUUCUCAUGAGGUGGCCAAAGUAUUGGAGCCUCAGCUUCAGGAUCUGUCCUUCCAGUGAGCACUCAGGGCUGAUUUCCUUCAGAAUGGAUAGGUUUGUUCUUCUUGCAGUCCAUGGGACUCUCAAGAGUCUCCUCCAGCACCAUAAUUCAAAAGCAUCAAUUCUUCAGCCUUCUUUAUGGUCCAGCUCUCACUUCCAUAGAUCACUACUGGGAAAACCAUAGCUUUAACUAUACGGACCUUUGUUGGCAAGGUGAUGUCUCUGCUUUUUAGGAUGCUGUCUAGGUUUGUCAUCGCUUUUCUCCCAAGAAAAGCAUAGUUUUGUUUUAAAGCUAUAGCUUUGUUUUAAAGCAUAGCUUUGUUUUAAAGGUGGAUGUGCAGUGUUGCUAGCGCACAGGACUAAUAUCUUGCUCCUUGCCUGCUGCUGCACCUUCGAGAGCCAAGUCAUGGUUUGCCUUGGCCAUUUCAUCCAAAUAUGAUGUACAGUGGUACCUCGGGUUACAUAUGCUUCAGGUUACAUACGCUUCAGGUUACAGACUCCGCUAACCCAGUAAUACUGCCUCGGGUUAAUAAUUUUGCUUCAGGGUGAAAACAGAAAUCAUGCUCUGGCAGCGCAGCAGCAGGAGGAGGCCCUAUUAGCUAAAGUGGUGCUUCAGGUUAAGAACAAUUUCAGGUUAAGAACGGACCUCCGGAACAAAUUAGGUAUGUAACCAGAGGUACCACUGUAAUGCAUUGCAGGGGGUUGAACUAGAUCAGGCUUCCUCAACCUUGGCCCUCCAGAUGAUUUGAGAGUACAAUUCCCAUCAUCCCUGACCACUGGUCCUGCUAGCUAGGGAUCAUGGGAGUUGUAGGCCAAAAACAGCUGGAGGGCCAAGGUUGAGGAAGCCUGAACUAGAUGACCCUCCAGGUCCCUAUCAACUCUAUGAUUCUUAGAGGUCAUUGUUUGGUUUCCCAUGAACAAAUGACAAGUGGUAAUCCCACUUCAAAGCUUUGUUACAUCUUAUGGUUUGUUUGGAGAGCAAAACCAUAGUUUAGCAGGAUUGGGCUGUUCUUUUAGCCUUGUGUGCCACCAUACUGUGUGUUCACCUUUAAACCAUACUUAAAUUCAACUGUGCUUUAAAACGGUAUGUGAACCUGAUCGCUUGUUAGCUUAGUAGACUUGCAGUUAAUAUUUCCUACUCAUUUGUGCUUCUUAAUUUGCCCCUAUGCUGAUUUGUUUGUUUUUGGUGGAAGGGUUCCUCACUUGUGGAACGCUCUCCUCGUGCCUUUGCUACAUAUUGUUAGGCGCCAGGCAAAAACAUUCCUCUUCUCCCAGGCCUUUAGCUAAUUAAAUAAUUUGUGGACUUUUAAAUGGGGGGGGGGAGGAGGAAGGUAUUGCUCCUGUUUAUUAUUAUAAAAUGUACAAUUAUAUUAUACAUAAAUGUAUAAAUAUAUUAUAAAGAUGUUAUGCAUUCUUGUGUUUUUAUAUUGUAAACUACCCUGUGAUCUUCGGGUGAAGGGUGAUAUAGAAUAAUAAUAACAGUAAUAAUAAUUAUUAUUAAUAAACGUAACUCUGGGUUAUAGGCAGAAAUUAGUUCAUGUGGCUCACUUCUUGUUUUAGAGUAGACCUGUGGAGGUUUACAGAAUUGGCGGCCUUACCGUCUUAAUUCCCAUACAUCUGAAAUGGAGAUUAUAACCAGUAAUUACUUUAUGGAGAUUAUAACAUAAAUUACGAUGCAGAAGCUUAGUGAUGCUUAAUCUCUUGCAUGGGAAAAGAAUUAAAGUCAUAUUUUGCUAGUACUGCAGGGAAAAAUACAUUAAUGAUUUCAUCUAAUGUAUUUCCCCUGCAAGUCUAUCAAAGUAUUACUGCAUCAUCACGGCUAGUGAACUUUACUACGGCUUUUCAGCAAUCUGAAAACAAGCAAUACAUAAAGCACUUAUGAGUAAUGUUAAUGAAGCCGAAUAUUGCACUGAACUUGUGGUAGAACCAUAUUAAGCGCCCGUCCUCCUUUGCUCUGGUGACUUCGAACUGGCUUUGCAAAAGAACUUUCAGUGAACUGUGCAUAUAAAGGUGGCAUAACUAUUGUGUUGGAGGUAAAAUUAUGGGAACACACUUGCCUUGGAGCUUGAAAUUGAUAAGUACUUCAGUGCAAAUAAUAUAUUAUUAUAUAUAUCCUUUCGCGAUGUACUACACAAGGUACAGCUGUGCAGUCUUUAUAUGUGCAUGUGUGCUUUCUGCAUUGCUUACUAUGGUUAGACUGCUCUCAUGACGGAUGUAGAUGAGAGAGGGAAUGAACUUGCACACGGCUAUCCAGCGAGUUUAUGACUCCUCAUGAGCAAGCGAAGCAAAUAUCAUUUGGUCUGGAAACCCAUUUUCUGCCCAAUGUCGUUUAAGCUAAAACAUUUUUACGUUAAAAUAUUCAUUUGGUGCAUUUCAGUCACUGAGAAGCAUACAUGCCCAACGGCUGCUUUAAAAACCUCCUGGCACCUCCUCCUUCAUGCUGGUUCUGAAAAACAUUCUGCUUUACUUGAUUGUAUAAAAGAAAAGAGAAAAAAACUUGAUUAUUUCUCAAAUACUUUGCACCCACUCUUCAUAUAAAUGAUGAGAAGUGCAGUAUAAUGUCAUCCAUCACUUACAGGAAUGCCGAGUAAUUAGCCUAAACGUUUGCAGGGAGGGGGUGGAAAUCACUUACCGAGAUUAGAAGAUGAAACCAGUGCUGAAUAAAUCUGUGCUUGCCUUUGGGGUGGGGGGGUGGGGAAUGUAGUGGCCAGUUGCCUUGUUGGCAAGCACAGUUCAUGCUAGGAGAAGUGAAAAUGUCUGCUCUUCAUCUUGGCAACUAACAAUUUCCAGAGGGGUUGCCAUGUUGGUUUGUUGCAGCAGACACAGCGACUCAUCUUGUGCAGCACCUUGAAGAAUUUUAAUAUAUACAAUUAAUGGGUGUUCAGGAUGCCCCAAGUCACCUUAUGGUGUUUGCUGCAAGUGGCUUACAUGUCUACCCCUCUGAAUCUUGUGAGAUAAGACACUUGUUCUUCUUACUUUUAAGGACUGUAAAACAGUAUUUAGAAGUGAGAGACUGACCAAGAGCAAAAAGAUUGCGCACACCCUGUCCCUAAGGGCAUCCAUCAGGGUGAACAUGGUCAAUGCAGUCCUCACUGUUGUGUGGUAGGCAUGCCUGUGUACUCUUUGUUUCAUCAUCUUCACAAUAAGUUCUGUGUCAUUUGAGCUCCAGCCGUUGCCCAACUACCGUAUUUUUCGCUCUAUAAGACGUACCAGACCACAAGACGCACCUAGCUUUUGGAGGAGGAAAACAACAACAAAAAUAUUCUGAAUCCCAGAAGCCAGAAGAGCAAGAGGGAUUGCUGCGCAGCAAAAGCAGUGAUCCCUCUUGCUGUUCUGGCUUCUGCGAUAGCUGCGCGGCCUGCAUUCACUCCAUAAGACCCACACACAUUUCCCCUUACUUUUUAGGAGGGAAAAAGUGAGUCUUACAGAGCAAAAAAUACGGUAAUUUCAUUCUCCACAACGCUAAGGAGCAAUUCAGUAUGCUGGAGAGGGCACUUGGCACUGAUCUGUUGAUGAUCAGCUUCAUCCGGCCAUUGUGUCAUGAGACUGGGACCUAAACUGAAUUAUCAGGUGCCCUUCAGACCUUAAACUAAAACUUGCAUCGUCCCCAGCUAGCAUGGGCAAUGGUCAGGGCGGAUGAGAGUUGGUCCCCUGCCCCAGGGUGGUUGGACUAAACUCCCAUCAGCAAUGUCCAUUGGCCAUUAUUGCCUGGGCUCGUGGGAAUUGUAGUCCACAUCCUUCAGAGGUCACCACCUUAGUUACUCCUGUACUAGGUAAUGCUGCCCCAUAUUUGGGAUUCAGUUUCCAAGGCUUGGUGCCAAGUGAGUUCUUUUAUUUGACAUGGGCUUUCGGAAUGUUACCUGAUCUUAGCAACACAUCUUACUGGCAUUACUAGAUUUUUGUUUGGAGCGCUUUAAUCUUUUAUGCUGUGUUGAUGAUUAUGUGUAAACGCUCCCUAGGUGUUGCUGUGCAAUGCAAGUGUGGGGCAGUGCAGCGCAAGGAGCUAAAGCUAUUUUUUUCUUGGGCUAGGACUGGAGCUUGGCAGGCAUAUUGGGACAGAAAGCAAUAAGAAGCAUCUGGUUAGCAACUGAUUAUUUCAGUUGAGGAGGAGAUGAAGGGUCACUGCUGACUGUCUAACUUUGUCUUUCUCCACUGAUCUCUGCUUAGGCAUCAGUUUAUGGUGUCUUGGCUUAAGGAUUGGAGCUAUUAGCUGAUGCGACUAAAAGGAGAGGCUCCUACUGUCCACAUUGAGGAGUGGGGCUGAGCCCUUUCCCUGUUUCUUAGAGCUUACAGAGUACUCUGCAGAAGUUUCUGUUGCUGUUUAUCCCGGAGGCUAUUUGGGAGUCCUUUGCUUGUGUAUUGUCCAGUGUUAGAAACUGAGAUAUGAAAGCUAGGAGCUAAAUGGCACCUUCAACCUAGGUCAGAGGCGCCGCAAUGGAGCGUCUAGGCAUGCUUUUUUAAUAAAAAGAAUACAAAGCUGAAAAUGAAUGAACCGUAGCUAAAAUCUGAUGUUCAUUUUUCACAUGGUCUAGUCCUCAUCUGAAGAAUGCUAAAAAACAAGGCCGUAUUUCCCCUGCCCACCCCCCUAAUAUUCUUAAUAAUAUUCUUAAUAAUAAUAGUAUUCUUCUCUAGUCUUCAGAGAGUAGCUAGAAGUGGGGAGGCAGAAAAAAGUCCUCUUUUCCUUCUACUCAGCAGUUUUAAUAUGAAAUCUUAGGCGCAGUACUGUGCCCAGAGCUCAGAAACUGCUCACAUUAAUGGAAUUCCCUGUUGCAAAACGCACCUAGAACAAUGUGAGUUUCGGACGCUGGUAUUGGAAUACAGUUGAGCAUGAUGUGGUUUGGAUUGGGGAGUUCACACUAAGAUCCAGAUUGGCAAAUCAUGGCCGAGGGGCUUAAUAUCUCAACAAUAUGUGCACAAACAUGCAUUUUCCUCUUUCAGCUGGCUAGACUGGCAAAUGUGUGUGCCUGUUGGCACUGGAAUGAGUAAAAACUUCCAAAUUGAUUCAUCAGCUUAUUUCCGUAUUAAUCACUCCAGUCUUAAAGCCCAUAUAUCUGUUUAAUGUAAUUAGAUUGCUCAGACUAUAGCAUUAGCUGGCCCUGAAUAGGUAUUUAAUCCAUUUCUUUCGUAUUGUGUUGCGUUGGUCACAUAAACAGAAAAUGCAUAUAUUAAUGCAAGCUUGUCAUCAUUCAUUAAGCUCUCUCCUUUCAACAGCAUCAGGAAAAAAAUUAUUUGGCUUUUUAAAAUUAUUUCAAGCACAGACCUUCCUGUUUGCAAUUCUAAAGAAAAGCUAGCAUGGUACAAUACAAUGACUUUUCCACAUGGAAUGUCACAAGAUGUCAAUAUAUAUUUUUAAAACCAGGUGAGAGGUUUGUGGAGCAGGGCAAGCUGAGGGUGCUUUAAAAAAUAAUAAUAGUGUUUAUUCCAGGAUUUCAGAUUUGUUUAUUAGCAUACACUUACGGUACAUGGCAUUCCUGUUUCUUAUGCAAGCGGACAGGAAAUGCAUGUAAGCAGUCUCUUUGUGAACUAUUUCAGAUUUAUUUCUGAAGGUCCCCUUUUCAUUUUUCAGGACGAGAGGGGAGAGAAGUAGGGGGUGAAAGGAAGCGAAGAUAUGCAGAUGUUGAGAAGUUCGCCUGCUCUUAUUUCGCGUGAAGAAUAGUUCAGAAGUUUGUUGUCACCAGCUAGAUAACUUUUCAAACAGUGGCUGUUGAGAUACCGGAGUGAAAAAACCAAACCAUUUGGCUUGUCUCUCCAGUCCAGUCCGAUCUGAUGUAAAUUUUGCUGCUGACUUUAUUGGCAGCCUGGAUACCAGUAACAUUCAUGUAUCCUCAUAUAUACAGGCUGUACUCCUCCUUCUGUGCUAGUCAGCAUUUCCUAGCAGGCGUUACCUUGACCGUUCACAGUUUGCUUCCUUCUUUCCAUGUUAUUGAGUCUUUUCUGACCCACCAUUUUGAGGGUUUCUCGCUGUUUACGUUGCCCCACCUCCUCCUUGGUACGUCAGCAUCCCUUCUUGAAGAAGAACUUUUUUUUUUUUAAGUGGGUUGGAAGCCAAGUGACUAGCCAGUAAGCUCCUCUGAUCCGCUGAGCUGGAAAAAGCAUGCCGUGUGCAGCAGCUGUUUCACCCCUUUCAUCUGUAACAUGGGUGUUGUGCUGCUGUUUCCGUUCUUGUUUCUCUAUCAGCUGAGUCAGCUCCUGCUCCUGCUGUGGGCUUUGCAGCCACUAUGAGACGAAGGAGAGACAUUUUUUGAUCCCGAGGUGCUCAAAUAGCCGUGGAGAUUAAAGGUUUCUCCUUCCAGAGGUUAAGUAAGGGAGGAAGAGUAACCUAAUUCUCCACUGAGGGUGUUGUUGUGGUCCUGGGUUGUGGUCCUCAAGUAGCGAGAGAAACAAGCCAUUGUCAUAUUGGCUCCCAUUGCUGAUGUGAUGCAUUAAAUGUGUCGGUGUCAGAAACAUAAAGAACUAUGGAUUCAAAAGUCAGAAGGAAAACCAAAACAGCAAGUGCGAUCUGUGCUGUUGUUUGGGAGUGGAGGGAUUCAACAGUUGCUAACAGACAUGCUGAGUGUUAACUAUCUAAAUAUUAGCAGUUCUUUGGUUGUGCAUGUGUAUUGUAGUCUGAAUUUUUGCUUUGUGAGCUGCCCAUGUUCUAUUUGGGGCAGCAAUAGAAAUAAUAUUUUUUGAAAAUUAUUAUUAUUAAUAAUAAUAAUGUGGGCUAGCUAUUAUAUAGAUAACAACUAUGCAACAAGAUAAAACCACAUUCAAACAGAAAGAAGCACAUGGGAUUUGGGAAGCAAGGUCUUACAAGAUGCACCAGUAUUAAUAGGGGUCUCAGCUUAUGGACAUGCCAUACUUUAAGCAGGAACUGCAAAGCUGAAGAGCUGUGGUCAAUACACAAGUUUACAGCAUAAUUACACUAUAUGUGAGAAACAUUCUUCAACCCCAACCUCCCUGACUGUACUUCAUGGUAGAGUUCCAUAGCAGCAUGACCUUUUUGUGGGCGGAGGUAGAAGAUGAGCAAUCUAUUUUAGAAACGAAUCUUUGAAGAAGAGACUUUUGGCUUCCUGUUUUCUGUCAAAGGAACAGGCGUCGCUGCUGAAAGGCCUCUAUUCCACUGUAUUUGUGACAUGUGCAUGUGUGUACUUACACACACACACACACACACACACUACCCAGUGCAAGUCAUACUCAGAGUAGACCCAUUAAAGUUAAUGGACACGACCAACUGAGGUUUAUGAAUUUGAGUGGGUCCUACUCUGAGUAGAAUUCAGCUGGCUGCAACCUCCUGGCUUUAUAGCUCAGUGAAAAGUGAGUUCAGAGCAGGAGGUGAUCACAGAAGACAGGUAAAUAAAGGAGUGGGGUGGGAGAAAAGCAGUGUUUGUCUGUGAGGAGGGAUGAGUAUAUAUGGUUGGGGUUCCUCGGGGUUUUAUUUUAUCCCCUGUGCUGGUUAACAUCUACAUGAAACCGCUGAGUGGGGUCAUCUGAUGAAUUGGAAUACAGUGGUACCUCGGGCUACAGACGCUUCAGGUUACAUACACUUCAGGUUACAGACUCCGCUAACCCAGAAAUAUUACCUCGGGUUAAGAACUUUGCUUCAGGAUGAGAACAGAAAUCGUGCAGCAACGGCGCAGCAGCAGCAGGAGGCCCCAUUAGCUUAAGUGGUGCUUCGGGUUAAGAACAGUUUCAGGUUAAGAACAGACCUCCAGAACAAUUAAGUUCUUAACCCGAGGUACCACUGUACAUUGUCAGCAAUGUGCUGGUGAUACACAGCCCUACUUCUCCUUGACGUCUACAGGUGAGGCAAUGGAUGUGCUGGUCUUGCCUCGGUAGUGGACUAGAUGAGAACCGACAAGCUAAAGCUCAAUCCACAUAAGACUGAGGCAUUAUUAGUGAACAGUUUCUAGACUGGAUGGAAGAGAGAUGGCCUGCUCUUUAUGGGGUUGCACACUCUCCAAAAGAGCGGGGACGCAGUUUGGGGGGUUCUUCUAGACCCAUGGCUGUUGCUUGAGGCUCAGAUGGCAUGGAGCGCCUUUCAUCAGCUUUGGAAGAGUGCAGCACACACUCGCCCUGGUGAGAACACAUGAGUAUCUACGUCCCCUAUAUGGUGGGAGGCCAUGAUAUUUUCAUGGUGUUAUGUGGUCACAUAUCAACUUGCUUUUUAAAUUGGGUUUGGGUCACCUAUAGAUGCCAGGUUUUUUUGUAUUUAGCUGAUUGAAUAGACCUAGGGGUGUCUACCAAAACAGUAGCAUCUUUACCCUUCCCUUAAAACUAUGAAAACUGUAUAUUCUACAAGAUCAAAAAAGAGUCCUGUUUACUAUAUGAAUAUAUGUACCUUGCGUUUCCCUCUUACCUUGGCAAGUGGUUUCUCCGGCAUGCUUUUCAAGUAUAAAGUGAUGUAAAUUAUAUUUCUGUUUGCCUUUAUACUCUCCUCCUAGGCUUGUAGACUUGCUUCCUUCUACUAGACUAACAAUUUUGCAGUUGGAAAGGUGGACGGUUCACUUUAUCCACCCGGGUUAUUAAAUCUUCAUGCUGGUGGUUAGAUGUGUUCUCAAGUUUCAGGGCCAACAGGGAUUUGAGGUAAUCUCUCAAUCAUUCUUUGGGAUUUAGUAAGUGAUAAUGGUACAUGCAGAUGAAAAGUGAAUUACGAGGAGGGAACAAGCUUAGUUGCAGGGUACAGUGGUAAAGGUGUGUCAACAUGGUCUGGAGGGUGAAAUCUGCAGGGAGGAAUGUCAUGGGAGUUGUGUGAUCUUCCAAAGAGGAUUCUUCUAUAUUUAGAGAUGCAAGUCCUUGCUAGUUGCUUGUACUUGGCUCUGCAAACAGGGUUGGAGCUCUGCAAACAAACACACUCUCAUUUCACAAGCCUACCAACUGCGGGCUGUCUAACUUGUUUUGCCCACAAGUCUUAAUUUUCUUGGUAUGGGAAAAAGGGGGAGGGGGCGCACUCUGCAUUUCGGUCCAGUUUGUCCUACGUUCUUGAGCCUCUAACACAUUGGUGUAAAUCAGGGUUUCCUAAACUUGGGUCUCCAGCUGUUUUUGGACUACAGUUCCCAUCAUCCCUGACCACACAUCCCGCUAGCAAGGGAUGAUGGGAGUUGUAGUCCAAAAACAUCUGGAGACCCAAGUUUGGGAAACCCUGGUGUAAAUGAUACAGCAGCAGUGCAUUACUGCAAGACACACCAAGGCCGCCAGUGAAGGCAUGGCUUUGCUUGGUCACUAAACUGAAAGGAUCCUCACUUGCUUGGAUUAUCGCUGUGCCUGCUCUUCUGCCGCUUGUGCAGCAAAGGGCGUAAAUGAUAGGAAACUGCUUUCUAUCAUUGCACUGAUUAGCCGUGGCUCUCCAGGAUUUCAGAUUUGUGCUUUUGCAGCACAAAUUUUCGCUCUGUAAGUCAGUAUGCAGCAGGACGUUAGGCGAAUCCAUGGGGGGAAAAACAAGAAUACUUGAAGAUUUAAUGGUAGGUGGCCUUGUCUGAAUUAGCCCUUGGAAAACCUUCAGUCUUGCAAGCAUGCUUCUUGAGAAGUGAAUUUUGGACCUAGUAACAAAUUCCUUAUUUCUCAUGGCAUGCCCGUGCUGCAUAAGCUGUCUUUCGAACCUUAAACUGAAAAGGCUUGGAAUUGUAGGCAGUGCUUCUUAUUACCUCUAAUAAUGUGAUUAUCUUCCUCCUUCUUGAAGAUUGGGUUGGAAGCUAUGCCCAGCCAGCAGUACUCCCCUCGAAAAUUAAGCAGAGGGACAUUUACCCCAUCCAAGCCGCCUCCAGCAGAGCAGAUUAUUUCUGGGCUAUAACAUUUUUGCAUUCUCUCUUCUCUGUACUAUUUUAAAAAUUCUACUGGUUCUUCUCUCUCUCCCCCUCCCAUUUUUUGGUAUAACUUUUUUCACAGAUAUGCUAGCACUUUUACAUUUAUUUUCCUGAAUCUCUAGGUCUCUUUUUUUAACUUCAAUAUAAGAUAUAUUCAGUCUUCAUCAUUCGUUAAUCAUAUCUGACUUUUUCUUGGUGUCAUUUGCUACCUGAGAUUCUUAAACUGGUUUUGACGAUUUAAAAAAUGAGCACUCCAUUGUGCGGCUUUUGUUCCCUUCCAAAGAAAAGAAAAGUUUUUCUUAGAACCAUUUUCUUAGAACCAUUUAGAUCUAUUCUGAUAACUCAUUUGAGAAAAGUACAGUGUGUGAUUGUGCAGAUUGCAAUGUGCAUUGGAGAGAACAGGCUAGAAUCGCACUAUGCUUCUGUGAAGCAAGGAGCAAGUUUAAUAAACAUACAUGGUGUCUCUCUGAAUCAUCUGGGUAAGAAAUCUGCAACCGAGAUCCAGAAUAAAUAUCACCUUUAAGUAAUCAGUCAUUUUUAUCUGAGUUGGACAAUGUGUUCAUGUGCAUAUAAGGCAUUUUUUUAUCAAACUUGUCUCUAGCCCUCAUUGAAUCUUUCAGGCCUUGGGUAACUUGCAACUUAAAAGGUAAAGGUAAAGGGACCCCUGACCAUUAGGUCCAGUCGCGGACGACUCUGGGGUUGUGGCGCUCAUCUUGCUCUACUGGCCAAGGGAGCCGGCCUACAGCUUCCAGGUCAUGUGGCCAGCAUGACUAAGCCGCUUCUGGUGAACCAGAGCAGCGCACGGAAACGCCGUUUACCUUCCCUUCGGAGCGGUACCUUUAUAUCUACUUGCACUUGACAUGCUUUCGAACUGCUAGGUUGAUUGGAGCUGGGACAGAGCAACGGGAGCUCACCUCGUAAUGGGGAUUCAAACCGCCAGCCUUCUGAUCAGCAAGCCCUAGGCUCUGUGGUUUAACCCAUGGCGCCACCCGCGUCCCAACUUGCAACUUACCUACCCCUAAAUAAAACUCUUUGGCUGCAAUUUCGCUGAAGUUGCUUUGAGGGGUGUGCAGACUGAGAUUUUUCAUUGCCAUGCAAGGCUGCUUCAGACCUCCCCUUCCGCAUACCUGGCAGUGGGAAGUAAAUGUAUAUACAGGCUUGUGGUUUGCUAACUGUGAUGUAAGCCAUACUUGUUGAGUUUCUUACCCCUUCCAUUGACUACGUAGAUGCCUCAGAGGAAGAUUGGAGUGUAUUUGUAUAAUUCCCGCCCCCUAAUUUGUAUGAGUUGCUACAUAUGCAUCAAAUUUAAACUUAUAAUACAGCUGAUGGUCCAGUCUGCAUUUCACAGUAAACUAUAGUUUACCAUAGUGUACUUCAGUGCGUUUGACUCCUCCCCACAUGGAGGAAACAUACCAUGAUCCCUGACUUAGUGCUAUGCCCAAACCAUGAUGUACACACCAAGAAUAAACCUUGGCUACAGAUUACUGCUUGGGAACUCGGGGGGAAACAACAUGGCCAGGAUAGGUCCGUGCAGAGUUUACUGUGACAUGCAAACAAGGCCAACGUAUUUUAGAAAGACUGCUUCAGAAUACAGUCAGUAGAAAACAGUGUAUUGUACAAAUAAAUGUCUGUGCUUUGUAACCUCUCCCUCAAAUUGAGACUUCACACAUUGACCUAGCUUUGAAAAAUGAAGUUUAGAGAUCACAGCUUCGUUCUUGGAAGUUCCUGCAACUUUCUGACUUGUAGAUUUUGGUACUUCAUCUGUAGAGCAUAACUUUAUAUAGAAGGAAGAUGGAUACGUACUUUGGACUACUACUGUGGCAAAGCAAUCAAGAGAACUUGUACAAAUGCGGAAGGUGCUGAUGUUUUUGCACCAUUUCAGAAUGCACGGGGGUGAAAUUAUUGAUUUAAAUGUUCUUCCAUGUCUUGGUUUUCUGCUAAUCGGGCAUUUAAGCUUUCUAUGUGGAAAAAGAACCACUUAGACAAUGAGGGCACUUGCCCUUAGUUGCAUGAAGCUUCAAGUGAUUUAUACAAAAAGUGAGAUAUAGUUUGGUUUCUUCAAAAAAACAAAACAAAAACCAAGAGAGAAACAUCAUGUUGUAAACUGAGAUGCACUUUGAACAUUGUGUCCCAUUCCAAGUUUUCAUGGCACAAACACUGUCCUUAGCAUGCCACCAAAGGAGACUUACUCUCUUACACGGGAACAAUGAAAUAUGUGCCAAUGGCUCAGUCCCUACCCUUUUCCCGUUUUGUGUGACUCUGGUUUUAUUAUUGGAUUAUUCAAAUUUGUAUGCUACAGGAAUCUCAGCUGCACAAAGCCUUCAGUGGAAAUGAAAAUGCGGUCAAAAUGAAGCCAAACAAGUGUUGGCACAGACCCUUUCAAAUUCAUUUAUUUAUAUUAAAUUUAUAUACCACCCUACACUUGAGGAUCACAGGGCAGUUUACAGUAUAAAAGCACCAAAAGACAGUGGUACCUCGAGUUACAUACGCUUCAGGUUACAGACUCCACGAACCCCAGAAAUAGUACCUUGGGUUAAGAACUUUGCUUCAGGAUGAGAACAGAAAUCACACGGCGGCAGCAGGAGGCCCCAUUAGCUAAAGCAGUGCUUCAGGUUAAGAACAGUUUCAGGUUAAGAACGGACCUCCAGAACGAAUUAAAUCCUUAACCUGAUGUACCACUGUACAUAAUGGCUAGCAAAACAAUAACCCCCCACCACUUCACACUCAGUUUAAAAGGCCCUAGAUUCUUUAAUUGGCGAAAGGCCUGGGAUAAAUAUUUUUGCCUGGCCCCUAAGGAGAUUUAACAAAGGCCUCAGGUGAGCCUCCCUGGGGAGAGCAUGCCACAAACAGGGAGCCACCACAGAAAAGGCCUGUUGUUGUUGUGUUGCCACCCUCCGGACCUCUUGCGAAAGGGGCACACAAAAAAGGACCUCAGGUGAUGAUCACGGGGUCUGGAUUGGAUCAUAUGGGGGGAGGCGGUCCUUGAGGUAUUGUGGUCCUGAGCCAUUUAGAUCUUUCCAGUUCAAAACAAGUUAGGCUAUCUCUGCCCAGAUAGGGCUGCAACUGGACCACCAGCCCAAACUGAUGGAAGUCACCACUGAGACCACCUGAGCCUCAAGUGACAGUAAAGUUUCCAAGCUGUUUCCUUGGGCAAUCCCCAUCGAGGGCAAUCCCCAUCAAGAGCAGGUCACCUCCCAUCCAUUCUUAUCCUGCCAAAUGAGGGGCUUGUGUCUCCAUUUGGUUUUGCUGUAUUCCUACCUGCUAUGGAAAAAUAGUAUGGGAGCAGCUCAUGCCUCGGAAAUUGCCUAAGACUUAGCUAGUCAGACCAUUGUUCCAUCUAGAUCUGUGUUGUGUACAUUGACUAGCAGCAGCUCUCCCAGUUUUCAGCCAGGGUCUAGUGUAGCCUUACCUGGAGAUACUGGGAUCCUGGGACCUUCUGCAUGCAAAGCAGAUGUUCUACCACUGAACUAAGUCUCUUACCAUUUGUUUGUGUUCGUCAGUAACCCAUUUACACAUUUACAAGGCGGGCAAAAUUUUCAUGUUUCCAGGAAUACACUUCCUCUAUCUCCUCAUCAUUGCCAACAAUCAUGUGAAACAGAUCCCUGUCUAUUUGUCAAAUGUCAGGUAAAUUGUUAGUAGCCAGAUCCAAGUCCAGGGCUCAUUGAAUUUCUCAAACUAAAAUGCUAUCCAAGUUCUGUUUUCUGCAGAACACUUAUGAGAAAUGUUCUAUCUUUGCGAAAACGAGAAUGCUUUCCCCUCUUUCAUUAACCCAAGCUUAUUUUUAGUUGAAAAACAUUAAAAAACAGAGUUUAAAUAGAUGCAAAACUUAUUUUAAAAUCUUAGGAUAAAUAUUUUAAAUAUAGGGUGAAUAUUUCAUUGUGUCUGUGAAAGAGAAAUAUAAUCUGGAGAUAAGUAUAUGAAUUUCAAAUGAAUUGCAUGUUACGAGGUUGAAAGUAUAGCUAAGAUUACAUCUACAAGAGGUUACACUUAGGUGUAAUUAAUAUUGGAUGCUUAGGUAAUUAGAAAUGAUUAUAUUACACUAUGCUAUGUUACAUUAUAUGUAUUCUGCACGAAGACGUCCUUAAUGUAUGAACUAAAAGCUUUAAAAAUAAACUUUUGUUGUUAUUUUAAAAGUACUCCUGUAUCUUCUUUUUUAAUGUGCAGCCCAUAGUUUAUUGGUUAGAAAGGCACAAUCACAGCAAACCAUUAACAGUGGUUUACUGUGUCAUACAAACAAGGCCUGUAUGUGCAAGCCAGGAAUCAUUAUUUGAAAUAGACUUGUUGCGUUAUGAAGCUAGUUUGUUUAACCAAUGAGUUGAUUUCAAACCACAGUUCCUGAUUCAUCUGCAACAAGUCAGAAAUUGGGGAAAGUAAAACCGAACCAUGGUUUGUUACUCUUGACUGAAGGAGUACUGAAACUCAAGACUUUGCUUGGCCUCACAGAGACUUGAUGAUAUAUCUUGGUUUAACAUUAUGUACAGACCAGGGCAGUGUGCAUUCCACUACAUUUUAAAUGUCUGUACCUUCAUUCAAAGUAAUAUUGACACCCCAUAGCAGAAACAGGAUUGCUCUCUGUAGGCUUAGAAUAGAAACAUUGGAUCCUGAUAUAAGGUCAGUAAAGAACACUCUUUACUGGAACGAUAGAUCAUUUUUCGGUUCUUCUUCUUGCCAAAAAGAGAACUUAAAAGGAAAUGCAGUACUUCCCAGUUCUGAUUCCCAGACAUCCUUUUAUUUGUUGAUUUGGAGUAAAGCCACAAUGUCAAAUAAUCCUGUUUAACUUUUAAUGGUCAGGAAAAUGUAAAUGUAAGCAUACAGCUUUCCUACACGAUUUUCUUGAAAAGAUUGAUGAUAAUUUAUUUCUCAUACCCCGCUCAUCUGACUGGGUUGCCCCAGCCACUCUGGGCAGCUACUGAAGACAAAUAAAUUUGGGGGUGACACAAAGUGUUUUGCAACUGUUCCGCUCAGUUGAAGGACACAACCAUUUAACCACUCGGACAGCAAUAAUAAACUGGCAACAAUAAUUAACACAACAAAUUGCAAGCUAGAGUUGCUAAUAGCCAAGUUUCCUCUUCAGCUGGAGACCAUAGGUCUGAUUCUUCAUGAAACUCUGAAAUUAGUUGGGUUAUUAAUCCCUCCCUUUAAUAAUUUAAAUAGUUUUAAGGUGAAUGUUUGGCUUUGCAGCUACUACUCUAUAACUUAUUUUUUGGGAAUCACCAGCUCUGUGCUGGUGUUCUGAUAGUUCCUUUUAUAUUGGGUUUACAUCUACCCUUCGUAUCCACAUACCUUUGAGGACAUUACUGUUUCAGUAUCUUUUGGAAUGAUGGAUCUGCCCAGUGUCUUUUCCUAACCAGGAUUAUACCUAGAUAAAUAUUAGGAAGCUUCCUUGGACUUGCUCAUUCCUUUCCCAGUCAUUGUGGAGAGAUGGAACAUGUGAAUCCAAGGCUCACUACAGAUCUGUCCAAGGGGUAUUGUCCAGGAGAGGGGAAAAUAUUGGCAAAAAGAAACUCUGAGAUUAAUGUGGCAGAGGCUGCAGAACAUUGCUUCAAAAAUAAUAAUCUUGAGACAUUUAAGUGUGCAGUCCAAUCAUAGUCUUGCAGUCUGUCUUUGGUUAAGGAAAAUAUGGUAAAUUGUGCUGUCAAUACACGGUGCCAUGAUGAUGAUGAUGAUGAUGAUGAUACAAAAUAAAGGAAUAUGCUUUAUGUGCAUUACUAUUUGUUAUUAAUUUAGCUCUACAGUUUAGUGUCUUAGUUUUAAGUCUAUAUAUACAGAACAUCUUCUCUUGGCCUGAAAACGACAACGAAUUGUAUACAAAAGAAAUGGUCCCAUCUAGAUACAGUUUUGGUCAGACAAGUUUAAGCCUGCGGUUCUCCUGAAUAACAUUUUUGUCGAAUGAAGCAGUGAACUUCGGAAGUCAACAUUGUCUGAAAGCACAAGUAUAGAUAAACAAAUUUAUAGGACGUGCAUAAUGAAACAUGCCUGGCUUCCAUUAGCUGAUACCGAGGCAUGAACAUUUUACACAUUUUCUCCUUUAUGAGCUAUUUCUUCUGGCUAAAAUUACAUUGAAAUAAAUAAGCACUCUGCCUCUCUAUAUCAAAAAUUAAAAUCUUUAUCCUUUUUGUUUAUACCUUUUAGAGCAGACUUUUCUGUCUGCAUUCUGAAAGUGGAUUGCAAAACUGGAAAUUAAAACUAUAACAGCAUCAUAAAACAGUAAAGCGCAACGAACACGGGGCUUUGGGUAUAGUUUAAAGCCAAAGAGCUAUCAUUCUACAUAAAUCAGCAACCAGCUAUUAAAAAGCAUGAAUAAAAAUAGCAUAAGUGCUGGCUUGUGGAUCUCAGUUAUUGUGUUGGCCACCACCCUGUCUUUUGACAAUAUUGCACAAGGCAGACUCCUUUGAGUAGGAUUUCCCUGUUCUUCCUAUAUACAUAAGAAAUAUCAGUCCAUUAUGCUGGCAGUACCUAUCGCUGGAGGAAGCCAUGCGCUGAUGGUACAUUGCAAAAGUAUGGGGUAUGAGGAAGGCCGGGUGGAGUUUGGAGCUUGUUGAGGCAGAAGUGAGAGUUUACUUGGAAUCGGGUGGUUGUCCAUUGGCUAGUUGCACUUCCAGUGCAUUAUCUUUGCAGAAGAGCGUAUGCAAGUUCAAAUGCUUCCAACAAGUAAAUAUCGUGCCCAAAACAACUGCUCCCAUUGACACGCAUGGAGGCAAGGGGUUGCAUCCAACUAAGUCAUGACCUCCUCUGAGCAAAUUUGGGGGGAGUGCAAGGGGUGCACAGAGGGAAGGGAGGUCCCACUGCACAAGUAAAAAUCAUUCUACUCCAUUCAGUGACUUAGUUGGGUGCAGUUCUAGGAUCCAGAGCGGUUCUUCAGCUAAUCAUGACACAACACCAGAGCUUGCACUCCUUAGACUAGGAACUCGGAUUGCAUAUAUCAAGUUGUGUGACACAAGGCCAUAUCCCUUUGUUCCCAUGCCUAGAGAACGCACAGAUGGUGCAGAAGCAGCGUUUAGUUGUUUGUGUACCCAGCAGCCAGGGAGAGGAAAGAACAAGUGAGUAAUGUUAUCUUCUCAGAACCCUUACAGAUACCUUGCCUUGGGGCAAACGCCAACCAGAACCUCAACUCCACGAUUGAAACUGGGUCUGCAAGGACAAGGCAUACACAAAGGGUAAGCAAACAGAGAUGAGGGACCAUGCUUCAAAGGAGGCCAUCUGUCUUUACUCCUAGGUCACAAAGGGUGUCCCCCUGCCACAAGACCCCAUGUAGUUUGGGGUAAUGGUAUGAGCUGGCAUAAUGGUGGGUGGGGUUGUUUAUGAAUGGGUGUGUACACUAUACAUAAAGAGUUUCUUGGGGCCCUAAACUCCCAAAUGUAUGCACGAUCCUGCAAUACAUCAAUGAAGGCAUAACCACCUUUGUUGGGAGAAUGCCAAUCAUUGAUGGUAUAAUUCAGGACUUGUUUUUCUUUACAGGUUAUGAGCUGAAGCACAUGGAACAGGGCAAGUGUUAAGCUGCAUGCAAUGUUCUAGUGCAGUACUCUGCGUUGGAUAGGUGGGUAUUGUUAUGAUGACUACAUUAUCUCCCCAUAGUGAACCCCCAGGCAUAGAUGUCAGGGGCUAAUGAUUUGCACUUGGAAGAUGCAAAACUAGUCAACUGGCAGUGGAAUGGCACCUGAAUAAUAACACACUUUCUCACCAAUCCACAAUAAACAUUUAGUCAUCUUAUUUGCUGCAGCUGCUUCUCAUUAUCUCCCCAUAUCUGUCUCAUCUCCCCUCAGGCAACCAUUUAACAUGCAUCAAGGCAAAGUGUUUUCCUACCAUCCCAUUCCCCGUGCCAUGCAGAUGCCUGAGAGGCCUACAACAACAACAGCAUUUAGCAGGAGGGAAGCCAGCUAUCUAUUCUUCUUUGGGAUUGCCACCUUUUCCGUCAAGCAGGGCUCCUGUGCCUUUCCAGGAUGCUGGACAGACAGCGUGAUGUGGAUAAUGGAAACAGCUGUCCCCUGCUGAUUUUCUGUGGGUUUCGAAGGCACAGCAGGUCUGCAUAAACCAAAGAGUGGGCAGCCCUGCUCAUCUGAGUUGACUUCAGAACUCCUUUGGCAACGGAUGCUGCUCAAUAAAAGUUGUGACUAUUUCAUCUGUGUGUCUGUUCUCAAAACUACUCUUAGUUAUUCAUCCUGGAUGGCUUCAUGAUAGGGCAGUGGGUUUUCUACCAACAAACCCCAUCAGGGUUGAGAGUCUCCAUCUUCUCCAUGACCUUGUCCUUGGUCCAUGGUCCAUGUUACUCAUCCUGGAUGGCUUCAUGGUGGACCAGUAGAUUUUCUACCAUCAUACCCCAUCAAUACUGAGAAUCUGCAUCUUCCCUAUGACCUUGGCUCUGGCUAUCACAUUCUGUGGGUCUGUCUUUCCAUCCCUUUUUCUGGCAAUCUACCCAGAUUGAACUUGGGAUGUCACAAAGCCUAAGCCUGUGCUUUUUCACUGAGAUACAGCGCUCCAUACGGUCUCUAGGGUCCCUGGAUGUGAUGUUUGGGAUAGAGGGGGAGGGAAGGGUGUGUGGUGGCUCUUGGGAGACUACAAAGUUCCCAUUAUGUGUCUUGCCUGUCUUUUCUUUGCUUCUGUGACUAUAUGGUUAUGCUGUUGCUUUGUGACAUGGAAGGCCUGCCUUUCCAUAAUUAUUGCCAUAGACUGUAAGCAUUGCCACAUUGCAUGCCCCAAAGGUGGGAACUCAAACACACAUCCCUUGCCUUUCUUUUGCGUUGUCUUACCAGUUGUGUAUCUGGCAGCUCGUGGGUGCUGCUUAAAUGUCAAUUCUUCCUCAUGUGGUUCCCUAUCCCAUGGGGGAGUAAAACUUUUGCUUCCCCUUCCUUCCACAGACACCCAUAGAUGUGUUCUGCACAGUAUUCCUAGCUUAGAGUGUGCAGAAUCGUUUCGGUGGGUAGGACUUGUAAUCCUUUUCCUCAGUAUCCUCAGAAUUCCAAACAUGUGCUUCCUGAAUGCUGUUGUGAUGGUCAGUCUCUGAUGGGGCAGGUGCUGUUGUCUAUUCCUGCAAGUGUGCCUGAGUCGAUAGCUGUCGUUCCUGAUGGUACCAUGGAGGUGUGGUUUCUCAGUGCACUGUGGUUUCUGGUGACACUGUGGGAGUGUUGGUUGGUGUUGACAGGUGAGCUGUUGUAUUGGCAGCUGUUCCCUUUUGACUCUGCUCUUGGUUUCCAGGGGUGCAAACAUUUUCUAGCAAUGUUUUAAGUCCUUGUGGUGCAACAGCCAGCAUAACGGGGACAUAGGAUUUUGACCUGCAACCAAGCUCUCAGUUUCCCAUAAACUGUGCUCCUUGAUACAGAAUGAUGUUACUUCUUGCCUUUCGCUAACUCUGCUAGCCAGGGUUUGAAUUGUUGUCUGUGUUGAUGUUUCACCCUUGAUAGCACCUGAGAUGGAUCUCCCCUGUUCUGGAAGGCUGUUAAUUUCCUAAUUGGCUCCAUCUUUUCCCUUGCCUCUGCAUAAAAGGUAAAGGGACCCCUGACCAUUAGGUCCAGUCGUGAGCAACUCUGGGGUUGCGGCGCUCAUCUCGCUUUAUUGGCCGAGGGAGCUUCCGGAUCAUGUGGCCAGCAUGACUAAGCCACUUCUGGUGAACCAGAGUAGCGCAUGGAAAUGCCAUUUACCUUCCCGCCAGAGCGAUACCUAUUUAUCUACUUGCACUUUGACAUGUUUUUGAACUGCUAGGUUGGCAGGAGCUGGGACCGAGCAACGGGAGCUCACCCCGUCACGGGGAUUCCAAACCGCCGACCUUCUGAUCGGCAAGUCCUAGGCUCUGUGGUUUAACCCACAGCGCCACCCUUGUCCCUCUCUGCAUACUGGUACCUAAAACCUGGCAAGCUACCUCUUCACUCUUCCCCACUCCCACCAUUCCAUUACCACCCAAUUAUAAGAGUUUUCAAACUUCCUCAGUGAAUCCCUCCCAAAAAUGAAGGAGACGGGAGGGAUGGGAUUUGGUUUGCAAAAAAUUGCUCUUUCCCAGGCAGUGCUCUGGCAGACGAUCAAACGAGGUAGGGCUUGCUCACACCUCUGCAAGGACACUUGGCUCAUUCUUCCAAAUCCCUGUUCCUAAAUCAUUCACGAAUUGUUUAUGUGCUUCCUGUGUUUCCACUAGCUCUAGCCCACUCACUGCAUUCCUCAGGUUUUGACCUUGUGUCUUGUUCUCACGACUUCCAACUGGGGCUGAUGCUAUAUGCCUAAAACCGGAUUUCCAAACUACAGAAGCCUCAUUGUCGCUCGCAUUGUAAUGCACUUGUGUCAGUGAAACCUGGGCAGGAACAGCAUCGUUCUUGAUGGGGGUGGAAUAAGAAGACAGCACGCGCUCUGGGAGGAAGGUGGGGGCGUGUGGAUCCGGGUGGGGGAAGAUGUCCAUUGGGGCCCUGAGAUUAAAAACAGAUUCCUGGAUGGAGCCCUGGCACAGUGUAGCCCUGAUUUUGGAAGCAAAGAAUGGAGAAUUGUCCUGGGGUGGCGAUGGCAAAGAAUUGGAGUGGGUGGGUGAGGAAAAGUUGGGAGGAAAACUUAGGAUAGAGUUUUGCGAACCCAGGCCUUGAUUCUCUGCGCUUUGUGCUGACAAAUAGGUAUGGUCGUUUUUUAAUUUCUAAAAAGAAGGAUCUGCUGGGGAAGCCAUGCUUGACAGUCAUCAUCAUUAUUUCUUACAAUUGUAUACUGUCCAUCAUGCUUGACAUGUUGCAACUGGUCUCCUCGUUGUUACUGAAAACAGAUCUCUGUCCCGUCCCCCCCCCCUCGUCCCCCCAGUAAACCACAGUAUAAAUGAAGACCUAUGCAGGGCACCAUUUUGUUUAUGGUCCUGGCAGGUGGCUGUGGCUGCUGCUGCUGUUAGUGAUGAACUCUGUGUGCAUGAAUUCCACUUUUCCUUUGAGAAAACAAAGGGAAAUAUCUCUUGGGGAAAAGAGGAACACCAGCAGCAACAAGGUUUGAUGGCCAUGGAGACAAAGGAAGUUGAAGGAAAAUGUUUCGCAUAGCCUUGGGCUAGGGAGGGCAAAGAAAUUGCCUGGGGCGUGGAUGUGGCAGUUGAAUGUUUGCACAGGGAUUGGAAUUUCGCCAAAAAACAUUUGCCUGUCAUGCAAUCUAUCUGUCAAAGUUGCUAUCAGCAUUUCCUUCUUGUAAUUCCCUUCUCCUUCCUCACCUCCCACCCCAAUAUUUAGACAUAUAGUAUUGUACUUGGGAGAAUAAUGCAAUUGGACAAAGCUCUCUUGUUUUGGUUUGAAAGGUUUCUGCGGUGAUUUCAAUACCAAAUGGGUUUGCAUUUAUGUGGUGCCGUUCCAACUCAAAACUCUGAAUGUUCCCUUACUGAAUGCAAGCUGUCCAAACACUAGAGAUCUGCUUUUUGCUUUGGUUUUAUAAAGGUCUGGAAGUACUUUUUUGAAGGUUGAUGUAUUUCUUGUGUAGGUUGUGCUUGAGUGAAAUAUCUUCAGAUUUUGGCUUUUACGUGGCAUUGCUACUUGUUGUUUAAAAGCCAAAUGAACUUUAUAGGCCAUAGGUGGAAGAUCACACAUCCCACAAACAAAUUUCAUUUGCUGUUUUCUGAACUCAAAGCAAAUGCUCCAGUGUAAAAGUGUGAGCUGUUUACCGUUUGCCUUGGAAAAGCAGCGAAACAGUGCAGUUAUCUAAUUCUAAGUUUACAUGCUUUCAAAGAGUACAAUUUUCAAGGCAGAAGAACACAGGACUCCUGUGGACUUGAUGCAUCUGAAUGCCUUUGGACACUUCAAUUUUGGUUUCUCCUCUUUGCAUGGUAUUCGAAGGUCCAUGUUACAUCUGCCACUUGUUAAAAGAGCAUUGAAGCUGUCCGUUUCCUUUAAAGCACUGGUGAAUGCAUUUGAUGGAAAUAUUCGUCCAUGGAAACUCUCUAUACUUGGCAUAUGACUUGCAGUUACAAGCUAAGGAAGGAACAUGCCUGUUCAAUUGGGAAGCUUUUGAACAUCUAUAUAGAGCCAUUCUGCCACAUCCAAAUUUGAUGGGGGAAGUGAAGUGAUGCUCCUGGCAGUCUUGCUUUGGCCCAAAUCGAGCUCUCACUUUUCCAGCCUGGCUUUGGCAGUCUCUAGUGGCUGGAUCUCAAGAGUCUUCAGCUGUUUUUUAAAACUUUUUUUUGGGGGGGGGCUGUAUUUUUAAUCCUGGCAACUAACAACUGCUGAAGAGCUUCAGCAGGUUCCUCAAGCCCACUUUAGAACCAGAAGUCCUCCUAUGUAUCCUGUUAACGUGGGCAACAUAUGUUACCUGGAACUGUUUCAUUCAUACAGUGAAAUCUCUUUUUAAAAUCAGGUUGGGGAGGAGUUUAUUCCUCGUGGUUACAGAGGGAUGGGAUGACAAAAAUGCAUGAAGAUUUGAAACAGGGAAGCUGCCUCAUCUUGUAUUAUUUUUGUGCUUCAUCUUGUAUCAUUUCCCCUGGCUUGAUUUUAACUUUAGGCAGCUGUAAAUUGCAAUUCCAAAAGGAGGAAAGGCUAAGCAGGCCAAGUUUAAUAUGUAGGCUAGCUUGAAAUUUACUGGUUAUGUAAAGAGCACAUAACCCAAAACUACAACUGUGGCACCUUAAUGCCCAACAAAGUGAGUGUUGAUAAUAGCAAAGGCAAAUAUUACAUGAGAAGCUCUUAAAUGCAGCUAGCAUUUUUUAAACUUUCUUGAGCACUUUAGUAUAAUGUGCUUGUGGGGGUUAAUACAAUGAUGGCUAACUCUCAGCCUGCGGGUAUGACCAGCUCAUCCUAUCCUUCAGGUACCAUCCAAUUCCUGGCUCUUGUUCUUCACACAGUGAAAAGUGAGCCUGCCAUAGGAGCUCUGGUGGUAUCAAGAGCAGAUGUACAAAACUGGCCGCAUUCUGUUUCUGACUAGUCGCUGCCCCCUUCAUAAAUGCCCUAGAGAACUCUUAAUAGGGCUGUCACUCUGUAUGGGACACCUGUCAGAAAUUAAUUUUCAUUUAUUUAAAAUAAUUAGAGCCGGCCCUUUAUCCUAAGAUUUUAGGACACAGAAUAAUAAAAGUAUAUAUUAUGUAUAAUCCAUUUGCAAAAGAAACAGAUGGCACUGAUGUAAAAUUGAAACAAUCAUAAACUUCAUAAUAGCGAAAGGCUUCAGCUGAACAGUCGAAAGCUUGAGAAAUCAGGUUUUUAGCUGGGUACCAUAGUAGGUACCGUCCAGAUUUCAGACAUUAGAGAGUUCCCUAAUUGGGGCGCCACUACAGAGAAGGUCCUGUUAUAUAUAUCACUGUAGAAAACCCUGGUGGGACACUGAAAAGAGCCUCACCAUCAGAUAGUAGCGUAUGGGCAGGACUGUGUAGGGAGAGGCACUCCCGAGUGUUUAGGUCACAUGACUUUCAUGGCUUUGUAGGUCAUUCACAAUAACUAGAAACAAGCUGGCAGCCAGUACAAACCCCCGAGAACUGUUGAAAUAUGUUUCGACUGGAUGAUCUACUCCAGUAAUUGAGCGGUCACAUUUUGGACUAUCUCAAGUUCCCAUUCAGUUCUCAAGAGCAGCCCUAAAUAGAAUGCAUUACUGUAACCCAAGCUUCAUGCCCUGGAUUUUUUGACCAGGCUCUGCAGAAUUGCACCGUGACCCAGAAGCAUGUCCUUAGUCUGUCUGCAGAAAGGCUAUAGCUCAGUGCUAGAGAUCUGCUUUGCAUGUAGAAGGUUUCAAGAUCAUUCCCCAAUACAUUCAGGUACGGCAAGGAGAUUACUUUGCUUGAAACUAUAGUGAGCCACUUCCAGUCAGUGUAGACUUUACUGAGCUGGAUGGACUAAUGGCCUGACUCUGCGUAAGGUGGUUUCCCGUGUUCCGUGCCCUUCUUUCUUGCUGACAACACCCAUGAUUCUAAGUUGUACAUCGAUACAGAUCUUCUAUGAAGAGCUCACCCCUUCUAAUAAGCUGGACAUUAUUGGAUUAAUGGGACCGUUUCCAUCAUUUGGGAAAGUCAUCAUUUAAAGAUCUUCAAAGAUAUUUUUUGAACAAAAAACUGGAGAGCUAGUUCUAUUAACUUUCCAGAAAGAACAGAAUGUUGUAGCCUAAAUAAGUUCAUAGCUUUGAAAGGAAGAACGAAGCUGGAGGAGUGCAGUAAGGUUUCAGAACAUUUCUGAAUGAUCAGCAGCUGUGCACUCCCAUCACAGUAUGUUGCUAUAAAAGGGAAAUAAAGAACAUGCUAAUUGAACCUUCACGAACCAAGCCACCCCAAAUGCCUAAUCUCUACAGGGAAGGUAGAAAAUGUAGUGAUAUAUAAUUCCUCACAAGAUCAAGAGAAAUGAAAAAUCUUCAAAUCGGUGACUAACGAAGCACCACACUUUUUUUGCUCUGCCCUAGAUGCUCUACCGUAGGUGAUCACAUACAUCAGGGGGUCACUAAAGGUUCUGUGCUGGUGAGCACAUCUGGAAUCUUGAGAGGAGCACACUGUCAGCACUGGCACAAAAUGGCUGCCGUGGGAUGCGUGGCCCGGCACAAAAUGGCUGCUACAAGAGUGGCGGGGUGGGGGAGGAGAGAGAAGGCCUGCGAAAUGGUGCAAGCACUGUAACCCCCCCUCAUAUCAGUGGGAGGAAAGGCACAUCUCAGCCACCACCAGGAUUGCUCACAGAGAGAUCUUUGCACCUCUCUCACGUGCAGAGCAGAAAAAAGGAUUGGUGUCCAGUCCUGGCAGCCAAGUAAAUGUGGGUAUGUCAUAGGAUGUGUGUUCAAUGCAAGAGAGGCCAAGCCAUUGCAAAUUGGAACUGAACAGAGCAACAGACUCUGGGGCAUUGUGAGUGUUUGAUGGUACUGUAUGCUUACUGAUACCUCUCAUGGGCGUCAUAGGUGGUACUUCAAGGCCUACUGGGACCGGUGGGUGCCAUAUUAGCAACCCCUGAAUACGUAAAACUGUUUAUGAAGGGGGAAAGAAUGACUGAAAAACUGUUUCUCUUGACCAUGCAAUCCAGAAGCGCACCGUAUGCUUGUGUUAGUUUAUGCCAGGCAUAGGCAAACUCGGCCCUCCAGAUGUUUUUGGGACUACAAUUCCCAUCAUCCCUAUCUAACAGGACCAGUGAUCAGGGGUGAUGGGAUUUGUAGUCCCUAAACAUCUGGAGGGCUGAGUUUGACUAUGCCUGGUUUAUGCUGUUCACAACAAAAGCCUUGUGACACCUUAGACGUACCACAUGCAUUGCAACACAUGUUUUUGUGGACUCGAAUCUACUUCUCAUCAGUUCCUUCUGAAAAAAAUAGCUUUCUACUCCUCAGAGGUAUCUGUUAAAUCUUCAAGGUGUCAUAAAACAGCUUGUUGUGUUUGCUGUGGCAAACGCAAGUGCCCUCUGCAAGUUGUUGUGAUGACAGCUUAGUCCUGUGCAAGUUUACUCAGAAGUAAGCCCCAUUGAUCUCAGGUAAGCACACAUACAAAACUGGAGCCUGAACUUACCAUCUGUCACUCUGUUCUGAGGUUUCCAGAUUUAUUUACAAGAACAAACGAGAUUCAAUGCCUUUUAUUCUAUUGGUUUUCUGCUGGAAAUCAAUUAUGAAGUUCAGCCUUAAUUUAUUUUUUGAAUCUUGAUUCUCUUAAAUGAUGAACCCUUGCAGCUUUUAACAAUGUGACCAGAUUUGCACUUUUUAAAUUUUGUUUUUGUAGUCAGUGACAAGGAUUUAUCAAGCACCUGCUUUUUCUCCUCCUCCUCUUCACAACUUGUUAAACUGUGGAUUGGUAGAGUCAUGAAUAACUUAAGUACAUUGAUUUCAAUGCCUCAAAUGCCACCCGUAGUAAUCAUUAAAACAUGAACAAAGAAAAAUCGUUCAUGCUUAUGUAGAGAGGGAAAGAGGAUUUGGGAUCAAUGGGAUUCUCAUUUUUACAGAAUGCAAACAUGUACUCAGAGCACUCAGCUCGCUAUAGACUGCUUGCAUCUGCCAUGUGGAGGUGAUACUGAUCUACUGUUGAGGGUUAUUGCAAGGCUUAUAACAAGAUAAUUUAUGCGAAAUGCUUUGAAUACUCUUAAGUGUUGUUGAUAGCAAUGAUUACCCACAGUGUUGGUAUAAGAUGAAUGUUAUUUAUGAACACAGACAAACCUGCAGACCUAAUAGGAGGUUUGAACAUAACAUUAUGAACACAACAGGGGAACAACAAUAUCUUGCUAGACGUUAUCGUGGUUUGUUUCUGCCACAAAUGUGCCGUGUAAACAAGAUGCUCCCCCCCCCCACCUUCCAUCCAAAUAACAGUGGUAGUUCUCUGUAGCAUGAGCUUUUGUGCAGAUGUUUUGUGGGUUAAAUUCCCCCUGGUUGUCCCUGAUGGGCUAUUCCGGUUAGAAUAAAUCAAUGGAGAGAAAUCUGAGUUUUGUCGCUUGGGAAUGUGUGGGUUGCAGUUACAGUUCAUAUUGCAAACCCUUAAUGGUAACCAAAGGGGUUGGGGGUGGGGCAGGACUGGACUGGACUGGAUCUGGCAAGCCAGAUCAGGAUCUGACCCAUCUUCUGCAGAUCACGUCUGGCAAAUGUUUAGGGCUUCCUACAGUAAUCUAAUAUCAGAUUCUUUUCUUACUUUGCCACCCUGUGACUGUGAAGGCAGGGAUUGCUCUUGGUGCACCAAUUGGAAGUCCUUUCUGCAGGAAUUGGCUCCCCUUGGGCGUUCCAGUCCCCAUCAGGACUGGGGCUGAAUCAGUGAGUACAGUGGUACCUUGGGUUGCAUACGCUUCAGGUUACAUAUGCUUCAGGUUACAGACUCCGCUAACCCAGAAAUAGUGUUUCAGGUUAAGAACUUUGCUUCGGGUUGAGAACAGAAAUCAUGCUCCGGCGGUGCGGCGGCAGCAGGAGACCCCAUUAGCUAAAUUGGUGCUUCAAGUUAAGAACAGUUUCAAGUUAAGUACGGACCUCCGGAACGAAUUAAGUACUUAACCCGAGGUACCACUGUACUGCCGGCCUCGCUUUCAGCAGGAUUGGCCCCACUUGAGAGUGCCUGAGUUGAACCCGAGUUGUGCCUGGUGCCAAAUGAAGAGACAGGGUGCGAGUCCUGCUUCCAGAUGAGCACUUCAAGGACCUUGGUUAUCCAUUUUGAUCUGCAGCUUUACCUGUGCCAUGCCUGGCAUCCUCACAGGCCAAAAUAGGGCCCCUGGCAGGCCUUACUGUAUUUUUUGCUCUAUAAGACUCACUUUUUCCCUCCUAAAAAGUAAGGGGAAAUGUGCGUGAGUCUUAUGGAGCGAAUGCAGGCUGCGCAGCUAUCCCAGAAGCCAGAACAGUAAGAGGGAUCGCUGUGCAGCGAUCCCUCUUGCUGUUCUGGCUUCUGAGAUUGAGGAUAUUUUUCUUUUCUUGUUUUCCUCCUCCAAAAACUGGGUGCGUCUUAUGGUCUGGUGCGUCUUAUAGAGCGAAAAAUACGGUAUUUAUUCUGUGACCUGGAGGUUCCCCAUCUCCUGAUUGGCAUGUUGAGGCCACACUUAGUAGAGUGUGUGCCAGUGUAUCCUUACGAAACUCUCUGCUCCAGCCUUGUGGAUUAUUUCCUAGCCCAUCCAGAUGUUGCAAAGUCACUUAAGUAGCGUGCCUGAUAUUGGUAAAUUUAUAGCAUGUCGUUAUUUUUUUCAUACAUGGUUUUUGACAGCAAGUGUAUGAAUUAGUCAUGAGCAGAGACCACAGCCGCUGAGGCAUAAAGGUUUAUGGUGAAAAUAUGCAAAAGGAAGUAUAAUUCUUCUCCGAGGCUGGAGAAGAAAAGGGGCACCCUGAACAUGCACGAUGGGAAGCAAGUUCUGCUGAACUGAAGGGAGCUUGCUUCCAAGGGCAUGCUGUUUGAGAGAAGGUCGUACUCCAUUGAAUAAUAAGUGCAUUAAUCUCCUGCAGCAUGGAAGCUCUUUUCUCCUUGUUCCUGUUAAGGGUUUUCUGCCAGCUGAUUAGGACUUUCUUGGUGCUGCUCUUGUUCUGGAAUGGCUUCUGAGCUCGGCUUUGGUUGGGGAGGGCGGGAUAUAAAUAAAUUAUUAUUAUUAUUCUGAAUGAAGACUGCUUGGGUGGCUACUCCAUUACUUGGCGCCUUACUUGUGCACCUUACAGUGCUUUUACUUACUUGGGUAAAAUUAAAAUCAGCCCAAUAGGUGAUAUGAGGGUUGUACCUCUCCAGCUAGCUGCCUAAUUUAUUUUGCUUUUGCAAUUAUUAUGCGCUGCCUGGAGUGUUUUCGUUACAGAAAUGUGAUUUAGUGAACUUUAGUUUUCAUUUGAUCUAUAUAUAUUUCAUCUGUCCAGCGAUAAGUAUGAAAAGCGUCAGCUGUUCUUGGUGCGAAACAGGCAGCAUUCCUCGUACUCGGAUACUCUUCGUUGCAGAAGCUUAUACUGGCGGAUGGAAGAAUAUGAUCUGUGAAAGAGACAAUUGUCCUGCUCUCAUCUUAACAGUUUCACAGACUCCUUUGUUAAUAGACAGUUGCAGUCCAGCUGCCUUCGCUUCUAUAGACAUACAUUAAUCUCCGUUUGACGUGCCCCGCAUUUCAUGAUCUGCUCGGUGUAGUUGUCUGAAAACUUUAGCAGCGUUUUAAACGAUUCCAACUCAAAGGUACAAGCUAAAUGAAGUUUAGAAUUACCUACAGUGAGUGGCAGAUUUCAGAGAGGAGUUUUCCCCAGCCCUACCUAGCAAUGCCAAGGGUUAAAGCUUUGUUCUUCUGCAGACAAAGCAUGAGCUCUACCUCUGAGCUCUGACCUUAAUGGUGAUUGUGGAAAACAAAAACUAAAGUACUACUGUUAUAUUCUGCCUCUAUGCACGCCAAGAAGGUUGUUUAAGGUCAUAUGCCACACAGGCUACCCAUGCUGGCUUUGAUUAGGAUGCUAAUACAGUGGUACCUCGGGUUACAUACGCUUCAGGUUACAGACUCCACUAGCCCAGAAAUAGUGCUUCAGGUUAAGAACUUUGCUUCAGGAUGAGAACAGAAAUUGUGCUCCAGCAGCGUGGCGGCAGCAGGAGGCCCCAUUAGCUAAAGUGGUGCUUCAAGUUAAGAACAGUUUCAGGUUAAGAACGGACCUCCAGAACAAAUUAAGUUCUUAACCCGAGGUACCACUGUAUUAGAUGCUUGCCAGAAAAUUGUGUGUGUGUGUGCAAAUGUUCUGAUUUCCUUUUUUAAUAAGUAAAGGGGGGAUUAACAUGAUGGCAACCACUUGAAAUUAACCAGUCACAGCAUCAAAUACAUGGUGUUUCUCUCUGCCCCCCCCCCCCCCCAAUUGCUCCCUGCCAGUCCUGAUAAUGGUUUGACUGUUUUGGCUCUUCCUCUUAUGAAGCUGUUUCCAUCCGUACAGUGACUUUGUAACUUUUAACAAUUGGUUCAUGAGUUUCCUUGUUUGCCUCAUCCCUCUUCCUCCUUUUUUCAUUUUGUGCUGUGUCUCUUGGAUUGUAAACCUUAGGGCAAGUCUGUAAGCCACUCUGGAAGGCUUCUCAGCUUUGGAGUGGAGUUAUAAAUACAAUUAUGUGGCCGAAUUAUACCUAACCACACAAGACCUAUAUUAAUAGUCAUGUAAUAGAACCCAACGGGACGCGGGUGGCGUUGUGGGUUAAACCACAGAGCCUAGGACUUGCCGAUCAGAAGGUUGGCGGUUCAAAUCCCCGCGACGGGGUGAGCUCCCAUUGCUCGGUCCCUUCUCCUGCCAACCUAGCAGUUCAAAAGCACAUCAAAGUGCAAGUAGAUAAAUAGGUACCGCUCUGGUGGGAAGGUAAACGGCGUUUCCAUGCACUGCUCUGGUUCACCAGAAGCGGUUUAGUCAUGCUGGCCACAUGACCCGGAAGCUGUCUGUGGACAAACGCCGGCUCCCUCUGCCUAUAGAGCGAGAUGAGCGCACAACCCCAGAGUCUGUCACGACUGGACCUAAUGGUCAGGGGUCCCUUUACCUUUACUUAAUAGAACCCAAAAGUUUGAUGGAAACAUGCCCCUGUUUUUUCCUUCGGUGCAUUACCAAAUUGUUGCCUUCAUUGGGAUGCAAAGUGUACAGUGUGUGUCACAAGAGAAUGAUUAUUUGUAGGUAUGCAAGUCUAAAACGGCUACAGAUCUCUGGAUCCAGAAAUUUUAAUAGCUUUUAUGGCACAAAUUGCAUAAAUAAAAUGUUGAAGCAAUUCCUUGUUAUCCCUCUCUUUUAUUACCCCUCCCACUCCCCUGUCAAAUGCUGUGUUCUUUCUUGGACAGCAGUUUUAUACAUUUUUAAAAUCAAGCUUUUCUUAUUAGGACGUAGCCAACUUUCGGAAUCCUUGGAUACUUCUUUCCUCUCGGCUUUUCAGUUUAUCUGCAUAUAUAAUCGUGUGCAUUGAACGGAAUGCAAGAAUCUGCAUCAGUUUUUGGGAACUUGACUCUCAUUCCCUUCUAGAUUCUAUAGUACCGUUAUCUGCACUUAGUGAGCAAUCCUAUGCGCAAGAAGCUGUCAUAAGAGUUGGUAGGGGAUCCCAAGGGUCAUCUAGUCCAACCCCCGGCAUAGAGCAAGCCGGUGUAAGUUAAGCUGGUGUAAAUUUACACCACAUCCACCCCCUGUUCAGCAGUGGGGUUGCUGCUCUGCCUAAGCCCUGGCAGUGGGAAAGCAAGCCUUAAAAAUGGUGUCCAGUGCUGCGUUCCCAGCUCACAUGACUGAGCUGGAUGGGUUUAGGAUUCAGCCUAAAUCUCACCCUUAGUCCUGCCCCCGGAAUACCGCUUUUGGAGAACUUGUCCCACUCUUGGCACCGCGAGUGUCAGCUGAGCCAGUACAGAGAAUUUGUGCCGGCUUAACUUUGGCUGAGCAAAGGAAGGACCCCCCCCAAAGAAACCCAACCAGCGUACAAAUCAAUACAGUGGUACCUUGGGUCACUUACACUUCAGGUUACAUAUGCUUCAGGUUACAGACUCCGCUAACCCAGAAAUAGUACCUCGGGUUAAGAACUUUGCUUCAGGAUGAGAACACAAAUCGUGCGGCGACAGUGGGAGGCCCCAUUAGCAAAAGUGGUGCUUCAGGUUAAGAACAGUUUCAGGUUAAGAAUGGACCUCCAGAACAAAUUAAGUUCUUAAUCCGAGGUACCACUGUACGUUGUCAGCAAUAUGCUGGUGACGGACAGCCCUGCUUCUCCUUGACAUCUACAGGUGAGGCAAUGGAUGUGCUGGUCUUGCCUCGGUAGUGGACUGGAUGAGAACCGACAAGCUGAAGCUCAAUCCAGAUAAGACUGAGGCGUUAUUAGUGAACAGUUCCUAGACUGGAUGGAAGAGAGAUGGCCUGCAAAAGUGGUGCUUCAGGUUAAGAACAGUUUCAGGUUAAGAACGGACCUCCAGAAUGAAUUAAGUAUUUAACCCGAGGUACCACUGUAUGUUUAUCUGACUCAACAGCAUACACACCCUGCACACAGAGAAACCACAGUGCAACCAACCAAACACAACCAACCAAGCUCUGGGGCCCCCAGUCUCUCUCAAUGCCGGCACACACAUAUAUAUUUUAGGACCUACCUGCCUGACACUGACACAAAAGCCCAGCACAAACACUGUGCAAUGGAACAAAGGAUUGUUUUCUCCCCUCCCCCAAUCUCUCUUCUCCCCCACCACAUAUGACCACAGUGUUUCAUGCCGAAUGUAAACGAACUCUAUGGAUUGAAAGUGGACACACUAUAUGUACUUUUCUUUGGUUUUGUUGUUGUUUCACAAGAAAAUGCUUAAUAAAAACUAAUAAAAACAAAAAAACCAAAACCUUGGCUGAGCUGGGGUAGGGCACUUAAUCAGCCAUCUGAACCAGAGAUCUGCAGAGAUCCUAAGCUGCUCAUCCCAGCGGAUAUCGCCAUAGGAUUAGUCUUUAAGUCUAUUAGUCCUGAAGGAGUCAUAAUACUAUCUGUGGUUAUGUUUUCUGCAGCAGAAUAACACUGCUGCCUCCUCGGAAUUUGUUAGUGGAGAAGGGGAAACUCUAGAGCAGGGUUUCCCAAACUUGGGUCUUCACCUGUUGUUGUUGUUUUUUUAGACUACAACUCCCAUCAUCCCUAGCUAGCUGGACGAGUGGUCAGGGAUGAUGGGAAUUGCAGUCCAAAAACAGCUGGAGACCCAAGUGUGGAUGUGACAUAGCUCUAGAGCAGGGUUUCCCAAACUUGGGCCUCCAGCUGUUUUUGGACUACAAUUCCCAUCAUCCCUGACCAUUUAGCUAGGGAUGAUGGGAGUUGUAGUCUUAAAAAAAAACCCCCGGUGAAGACCCAAGUUUGGGAAACUCUGCUUUAGAGCUAUGUCACAUCCGCACCAUACAUUUAGGCUUUGUCACUUCUCCCAAAGUAUCCUAGGAAUCAUAGUUUGCUCCUCCAAGAGCUAUAAUUCCCAGCAACCUUUAAAAUUACUGUUCCCAGUAUUCUUUAGUGGAAACCAUAUGCUUUAAAUAUAUUGUGUGUAGGCGACUUGAUUCUGGAAGGAGAAACCCUUAAACCAGGGGAGGGGGACCCUCCUCACCCAGAGGGCCACAUUUUCUCAUGGGCAGCUUUCCAGGGGCCACAUGCUGUCGGCCGGGAUGGGGUUGGAGGCCAGAUGCCAAAGCGAGCAGAGCAAUAAUAAUAAUAAUAAUUUAUUAUUUAUACCCCGCCCAUCUGGCUGGGCUUCCCCAGCCACUCUGGGCAGCUUCCAAUUUUUUAAAAAAAAUACUGUAAUACAUCAAACAUUAAAAGCUUCCCUAAACAGGGCUGCAUUCAGAUGUCUUCUAAAAGUCUGGUAGUUGUUGUUCUCUUUGACAUCUGGUGGGAGAGCGUUCCACAGGGAGGGCGCUACUACCAAGAAGGCCCUCUGCCUGGUUCCCUGUAACUUGGCUUCUCGCAGUGAGGGAACCACCAGAAGGCCCUCAGUGCUGGACCUCAGUGUCCGGGUAGAACGAUGGGGGUGGAGACGCUCCUUCAGAUAUACUGGACCAAGGCCGUUUAGGGCUUUAAAGAUCAGCACCAACACUUUGAAUUGUUCUCGGAAACGUACUGGGAGCCAAUGUAGGUCUUUCAAUGUAGGUGUUAUGUGGUCUCGGCGGCCGCUCCCCGCAAACAGAUGUGAUGUUCACCUUCGUACCAUAGGCUAUAUUUCAGCCAGACUGGUUUCCUCUCCCCUUUCCCUGGCUCUUCAGUCUCAAAAGCUGAACUUGUGCAGACUUGCCUGAGGCUAUCUGAAUUCAGGCAGACUUGCCUGAGGAUAUAUUUCUUGAGACUUGAGGAGCCAAAUGGAGCCAGGGGUUCUCAGAUACACACUAGAGCUGGGCUGCAACCCUAUAGACAUAAAUUUGAACAGGCAGUUUCAGCUCUGGUUCUGGACUUCAUUAGUCUAUCUGGAGCUGAACUGAAUAGUUGAAUUAGUUAUUUAAUCUUGAUGCUAUAACGAGCUGAUAGUUUGUUUUUUUCUGGCACGGGUUUCUGCUUGAUGUUGCAAAUAGCAACACAUGCAGUUUUCAUUUGCAAAAAAAUAUUUUGGUCCUUUUUGUGUGAGUGACUUGGGAAUUUUAGUUACACUGACUUAGAGAUAUCCUGUGUUCUCCUCUCCACCUCCAUCACAUACUUUCUGAGCUGUGUUCUGGGGAAGGGCUGGGGUGUGGAGUUAAGGCAGAUAAAAAUCAACGGGGUGUGUUAGCAUUUUUUUAAUUUAUUUAAGAAAAAGCCCUCUCUGUUUUUAAAAGGAAAGGGUUUUAAUGGGAAUUAAUUGAAUACAGACAAGUUAAACUUGUGCACAAAAUUGAUUCUAACAAGCACAUCGUUCAGUGACAGUUCCCCCUCCCUCAUAAUUGGAGAAUGGUGCAAAUAAUCUGAUUUUGUAAACUCAAGAAUGUUAUAAGGCAGAGACGAGCAAUUUGUGGUUUUCCAUAUGUUGUUGGACUUCAACUCCCAUCAACCCUGACCAUUGACCAUGCUGGCUGGGACUGACGGCAGUGUUAGAAGCUCAGAUAUAUAAGCUAGGCACAAAAUGGCUCCUUAAACCAGGGUUACAGUCGCCAGAACAGAAUGCAUAGUCAUUUUGGGGACCAGGCAGCUUGAAAGCCAUACUUUCCCCCUACGACUUUAUGGUUCCUGAAAUCCAUUCUGGUUGUGCAGAUAAAAUAUAACAGAUAGAAUUCUACAGGAUUUGUUGCCGGGGUGUGAAAACAGUCAACCACUACUAUGCUAUAAGAUCCACUAUCCUGUAAUAUUACAUAUGCCUGUUCUACUGAUGAAGCCUAGGAUGGCGAAACAAGGCUAAUAUUCCAGAAAUCCUUGUCUUAAGACUCUUUGAAAGGAUUCUGUGGAACUGUAGCAACCCUUCAUGUGGCUUAUUGGACUCUUAUGAAUAGACAGGUGGAAUAGACACUUAUACGUGUAUGGACCUUAUGCAUGAACUGACUAGAGAAUGAACUGAUCCACUGGGUCUUCUGCUUUUUUCGUUGAACUUUAUGAGACUUCCGUUGAAAUCUACAACUUGAUACAAUGAAUAGUAUACCUUAUUUAUUCAAAAGUACAGCCAGUUACAUCUAAUAAUAAUAAUAAUAAUUUAUUAUUUAUACCCCGCCCAUCUGGCUGGGUUUCCCCAGCCACUCUGGGCGGCUUCCAACAAAACACUAAAAUACAAUAACCUGGUAAACAUUAAAAGCUUCCCUAAACAGUGCUGCCUUCAGAUGUCUUCUAAAAGUUUGGUAGUUAUUUUUCUCUUGUGUGCUGAUUAUGUUUCAUGUAACCAUAGGUUUGCUGUUGUUGUUUUGGGGUGUGAAAACAACCAAGGUCCAAGGAUUCCCUGGGCAUGUACCUCCAGAUGGUGCUAUUCUGGCACUCAGACAUCUUCACUGGGUCACAAGUGGCCGAUAGCCAGGUACAAAAAUGCUCCUGGUGCCUGGCUAAUUCCAAACACUGGCUACAAUGCUGUUUCUCUGCUUGGGCAAAGGUUAAGCCCAUAGUUGGAGGAGUGAGGCUUCUCAAUCCCAGUUGCUGCGACCCAAUGGGAGCGGAGAGUGCUUUUGAGCUGGGCUUUCCUGCAGACAUCUGGUUGGCCUCUCUGAGAACAGGAUGCUGGACUCGAUGGAACAGAGGUCUGAUCCAGCAGAUCAGCAGAAGCAGCUGCAUGAAUGUGCGGGAGAGUUUGUUAAUCUCUCACUGGUUAAGCCAAGAGUUGAUUGUCCAAACAUGGACUUAGUGUUGCCAGUUUCCCCCCUCUGCCUCUCUUCCUGUCUGCUCACAUCCGACUUGUAAGCACUUAGAAAGACUGGUGGGGUUGAGCGUCAGAUGUUGUUUCUUCACUUUUCUUUCAUCACCGCUGGGUAUUUUGGAAUGUUCUAACGAAGCGUUUGUUCUUGUUCUUUCAAGACCACCGCCGUCCUUACCCUUCCCCAUUCAGCUGAAGUUGAGAAAUCCCUUGAAAUGUAAGGUUGUCGUAACAAAAGAUGUAAGCCGAACCGUUUCGUGUUUUCAAAAAGGUACAUGUAAAGCUGAAUGAGCCAGAAUAUACCGUAUUUUUCUCUCUAUAAGACACACCAGACCACAAGACGCACCUAGUUUUUGGAGGAGGAAAACAAGGAAAGAAAUAUUCUGAAUCUCAGAAGCCAGAACAGCAAGAGGGAUCGCUGCGCAGUGAAAGCAGCAAUCCCUCUUGUGUUCUGACUUCUGUGAUAGCUGCGCAGCCUGCAUUCGCUCCAUAAGACGCACACACAUUUCCCCUUACUUUUUAGGAGGGAAAAAGUGAGUCUUAUAGAGCCCAAAAUACAGUAUGUGUUGCUGUUUAAAUAAAGCCCUGGCCCUUUACCAACAAAUGCACAUUGAGGAGUUUUUGUAAUGGCGGCCCGUGAACGGAAAUAAUAGCUGUUGUCGGGGUAGUUUGGGUCUGGGAGCAAUUCUCACAUUUAGAUGCCGUUUCUGUAAUUUGAAUUGUACGUAUUACCAUGGUAGACAACAAACACCUAACAGUGGAUUGUGUUUUGAUUAUUUUGUGGCAUUCGUUCAUAGCUAAUCGCAGUGGUAUGUGGAUGAUGAUUCAUUGGGCGAAAUUUGGUUAAAGUGUAGCAGUGAACAUGUUUAGAGAUCUGUAACCAACUUGAGCAAGCUAAUAUUCUCUCUUCCAUUCACCUAUCAACUUUUCUUAACUCUUAACUUAGAGGCAACUGUGAUGAGCUUUCCUAAGAGAACAGAACUAAACUUCAGUUAGCAACCACCAGCCCACACAGAUUUGACAUAGGGAUCUCCCCCUCCCAAAAAUAUCCCACACCUUUCUGUUACAUAGGAAACUUGCAUUUCAUUAAUCUAGUAACCCCUAUAGAGGAAGCCUAGAUAUAUGCCUUCCACACUAAACUGGGUUAUCCUUUGUUAUUGAGGGCCAGAACAAAUAGGACAAUAAUUACAUAAUUAGUAACUGCAGCGGCAGGUGGGCCGUGAUAAAGCCCCUUCCCACUACUGCUGUGUGUGUUUAAAUAAACACACCAUGGCCAGUCAUAGAAUCAUAGAAUUGUAGAGUUGGAAAGGGAACGCAAGGGUCAUUUAGUCCAACCCCCUGCCCGAGGUACCACUGUACAGUCAUACCUCGGGUUACAGACGCUUCAGGUUGCGUUUUUUCGGGUUGCGGACCGCCAAAACCCAGAAGUACCGAAACGGGUUACUUCCAGGUUUCGGCGGUCGCGCAUGCGCAGAAGCGCCGAAUCGCAACCCGUGCAUGCGCAGACACGCCGCCGCGGGUUGCGGAUGCUGCGGGUUGCAAAUGUGCAUCCCGCAUGGAUCACGUUCACAACCCGAGCGUCCACUGUAACACCGUACCAUAAAAGCAAUAAAACAUAUUUAAAACAGCAAGCUCUACACCACUAGAGCAAGCUAUGAAACUCCUAUAUGACUAAAACUAGUAGUAUCUUAUUCAGAGAUACAGUACUGGGUAUUACAGAAGACACUUGAAUUGCAUAUUCACACAAAUGUUUGGAAUGGUUCCUUUGCCUGGGCUUGUUUAUUGUGUGCAUUAACUUGCAUUUACAAGGGUUGGUCAGAAUAUUUGAAAUCUGAUUGAUUGAUUGAUUGAUUGAUUUUUUGUUUGCAUCCCAAAAGUUGGGCAAUGAAGAACAAUAUAUUACCAUUUCAAACGAACAGGAUGCUUGUAACGCCGUAUUAUUUUAUUAAAACUCGGCAGUCGUAUACACCUUAUCUCCAGCUUCCUGAAGCUGCCUAAAAUAAGAUUUGCAAAGCUUCCAGGCAAUGCUCAUGUGGCUUUGGAAAGUUCCCAGCACUGGGCCAUUUCACAAUAAGAAGGGCAGGGGUGCUGACAGCCCGUCUGUGUGCCCUUACCGUCAUAAGCUGGCAAAGAUGGCAGACUUGAGGAGGAGCAGUGACUUCUCCGCUUUCAACAUGGUGUGAUGACUAGGAAAGGAGCAAAGGCUUCUACAUUAACCUCUUUCCAAGUGCUGACAUGAUUUAAUGCUUCUACCUAGUUUGCAUACUGAGGCUUGUGUGUUUCAGCACUUAGGCCUGCUGAAUGUGGUCCCUGAAUGGCUGCUCGCAUUAAUUCGCAUGCAUGCGUCAAAUUACUUCUCUGGGACUUGAAGCAGCAAGGGGCUUUCUAGGAAUAUACCACAUUGCACGGGUAGGGUUGUAGGGGUAAGGUCACAGUUGCUUGUUUACUUUCCCUGCCAUGUUAGCAAGUAGUGCUGUGUAGUCAAGCAAAUGCGAAGCAGUGUGAUAAAAUAAUUGCAAGAAUCAAAACUCUCAGUAUCCAUUGUUCAUUGUAAGAGUUUAUCUCUCUCUCCUAAGAACUUCACACAAAACUUUAUCUGAUCGGCAGUCUUGCUAAUCAUGUGCUUGUGUGGAUGUUUGUUGGUGUGCGAAGGAAGAGUUAGCUCCUUCUCCUGCUUGCCAAAUAAUUUUUUCAUUCUGACUACUUACUGGGGUUAAAGGUUAUUGUGUGAUUUCACGCCCCCCUCCCCUCCCCGGCUGCAAUUUCACCACUUUAGAUAGUAAUUUUACCUGGAUAUGUGCCGUUAUUGCUGCUAUUUCACUAUCUUAAUUCAUUUAUAUUUUUGUUGCUGCUGAGUUUGUUCGGGUUUUUUGCUAGAUUGGUUAAAUGAAUUGUGACUUUGUGUCACAAUUAGUCUCAGUAAUUUUAGUACAAUGGAUUAUUUUGAAUUAAGCGCUGUGUUGAUACUUGCCUUUGCUUUUGAUUUAUCCGUUUCUGUAAUGAACUGAAUCAUUAAGUUGCAACAUCUAUUAUCUGUUGCAACCCCACUUCGAGUGCAGUAAUUGCAGAAAAGGUGUACAUGAAAUAAGCUUGACUUCACUACCUUCCAGUGCUUUGUGAUUGAUGUCCUCUCCCUUUGCCACGUUGAGGCAAAAAGUUUGUGACAACAUAGUCAGCCAGCAUAAAUGUGAAACCUUUGACAGCUGCAGUAAUAUGAGUGGCUGGUACUGCCUGCAUUAACAGUUAGCACUAAACCAUGGUUUGUCCAACAAACCAUUAGUUAUCCCAAAGACAAGCCAUUGCUUGUUUCGGCAAAGCUUCAUUUGCUUUCCAGCUGUUCUUGCCUCAUGUAGCACCUAGAGUUUCCAUGCCAAGCAAGGCUUUCUGUUUGGACAGAACACCAAGUCACUGUUCAUAAGCUAACAGCAAAAGGUGGAUUCAAGUUGUGGUCUGUUGGCAGAAAGCAAACCAUGGUUAAUCUGUAGGACUGGGUUUGCUCAUCAAGACUUAGUGCUGUAUGCAAAAUGGGCAUAUAUAUAUAUAUAUAUAUCUAUAUAUAUAUAUAUAUACUUUUAAAGAUAGCUUCAUAUUGGGAAAUUUUUAGAGGGGCAGAGGUUCUCAAGUAGAAGGUGCAACAAAGUUGUAGCAGAACAUUCCAAAUAAUGGUAAUAAUGGUUUUCCUCGUUCUGUAUAUUCUUUCACAGAUCUAGGUUAAUUAGCAAGCAACAUUGUUUCUUCUUUUCCUCUGCAGAGCUUUUUAUUUUAAAGGGAUUUAAAUUCCACGAUGAGUUAGAAACAAAGGUCUCUUUUCAGUUGUAAAGAGCUCUGCAACAUGCAGCCGAUGGAUAACAUUGCCUGAGUGUUGCAAUCCUUGCAUUGUGUGGUUUGAUGGAAAUAACUGCUGCAUUGGUGCAGAGCAGGGGUCAGCAAACUUUUUCAGCAGGGGCCCAGUCCACUGUCCCUCAGACCUGGUGGGGGGGCCGGACUAUAUUUUUGGGGGGAGGGGGGAGAACGAAUUCCUAUGCCUCACAAAUAACCCAGAGAUGCAUUUUAAAUAAAAGGACACAUUCUACUCAUGUAAAACCACACUGAUUCCCGGACCAUCCGCGAGCCGGAUUUAGAAGGCGAUUGGGCCGGAUCCAGCUCCUGGGCCUUAGUUUGCCUAAGAGGGUCCUGGCACUCACCUCUUUACUUUGGUGUUGCAGUUGCUUCUCUUGGCCACCUUGCAAGUUUCGAGCACCUACUUGUGACCGCUCUUUGCUUUGAGUCGAUGGUGAUACUGCAUACUGCUUCCCUCUUUUUCACCCCCCCUCGCCCCACCAGAAGGUGGGUGGCUGUGUUAAUAAUGCACGAGCAUUCAUGGACAGCUCUGUAUGAAUGAAAGACAAUCUUUACAGCUAUAUAGGUGUAGGAUUUAUACUGCUCAUCUUCCACAUACCGUAUUUUUCGCUUCAUAAGAGGCACGUUUUCCCUCCUAAAAAGUAAGGGGAAAUGUCUGUGCGUCUUACGAAGCGAAUGUGUGGUCCCUGGAACCGAAUUGCCUGGGGCGAAAAACAGAUUGUGCUUCUUUUUUUAGAAAGAGGGAAGGGGGUGUUGAAACAAAGCUGCUGAUCAGCUGAUCAGCAAGCGAUCGGGAGGGAGAUAAGGGACACUAGCGAUAAAGGAGGCUGCCUGGGUGGGGGGAAGUAAAAGCACAUGGAUCCUCUGGAUUUUUACAUUGGGUCACCAAAUUCACCAUCAGAUCACAUAGCAUGUCCACGGCUAUAGCCUGCACAAAAAAUCACGCAUCCACUGUUUCGUGGGGCAGCAAUGGUGCAAAAACAUGGGUACAAAGCACGGAUCCACAUGGAUCCUCAGGAUUUUUGCAUUGGGCUACCCCAAACUCACUGUCAAAUCACAUGUGUGUGGCCACAGCAUGUACCACAAAAAUCAUACAUCCACUAUUCCAUCUAAAAACUACGUGCGUCUUAUGGUCAGGUGCAUCAUACAGAGCAAAAAAUACAGCAAUCAUUUCAGUGGCCUAAUGCUGAAGAACAGAGGAGAUGGAAGUGAGCACCGCAGGGCGCUGUGGUAAGAGCAGUUUCCAUACAGAGCAACCCAUUUUAGCACCAAUAUACUUUGUACAAUACCUAAUCAUUUGAUGAGGAUUUGGUAUAGCGACUCUAGCAAGACAAAGUCAUGCCUGUUCCCCUUAGGUUCAUGUAGACCAGGGAUGAAUCUUCACCCUCGUGCAGCUUUAAUCAGGCUUCUUAUUCAUGAAAGAAACGGGAAGCUAUUCAGUUGAGAUUUUCUGGAAAGGUGGGGGAUAGUGAUCUGUCACCUCCUCCCCCCCCCCCAUUCACAAGCUGCACUUUGCUGCCAUGUCUGUUUUUCCCCCUGAACGAUUCAAGCAUAUGAGAUUAUUGUGACUCAUGCUUAAAGCACAUUAAGUAUUUAACACUGGAAAUCUUGUGUUGGUGAGGUUCUUCCUCUCAAGGUUUUCUUCUUCUUCUUUCUACUUGGGGUUUAUUCAAAAUGCCACCUAUUUCUUGGAAUGACGGGGCUGUUUCCAGUGGGAGUAAGUGGUGAACCUGCGUCUGGGCUGCUUCAGGCUUCUAGUGGGGGCUUGUAGCGUUUCAGUGCUCCUCCGUACGGAAAUCAAAAUCAAAAUGAAAAAUCCAUCUGCGGGGGGGCGGAACUAGGCUAGGUUUCCUCUGGCAUCCAGUUUUCUCACACAUAUAUAUAUAUAUAUAUAUAUGUCCCUCUCCCAUUGAACCAAUGGAGGUGGAAACGGGAAAAUAUUAUAAUCUUAAAAUAUCUAACUGUGAAGAUACAUAAAAUGAAAGGGUAUAAGGUCAAUGAGAAGGAGGAGGAUUGGUUUGAGAAGCUAUUUGGGCAGGUUUGAACAAUUUGGGGCAAUUAAAAUGUUAAAAGUUAAAUAAACCUUGUGGAGGGAGGAGUGUUAAGGUAUAUAGAAUUGUACAUAUGGUUGAUUUAAAUAUGUUAUUAUUGAUUAUGUAUACCCAGUGUAUAUAUAUUCAUUCCUCUAUGAAGGAGCACUCAAUCAUGUGAGACCCCUCCCACCUGAAGACUUGGGAGUGGUACUACCCAGACAAAAGGUUGCCACUUCAGCGAGCCCUUAGCUCUAUUUUUGUUCCCUGCACGUCAUCUGCAUUCAGUUACAUCAGUGUCUGCUUAUCUCAGAUCUCUUUUAACAGCAUGAUUCUGUGAUGUUUGACCGCUGGAACUUUUACAGUAGGGCUGAAGAAGUAUUCUAAACAGGGAGGGAUAUUGGACAGCGAACAAGUGUCUACACUCUGCACUAAAACAUUUGCACCGCAGUAACCCAAAUCCUGUUGUCGUAUUUAGUGUUAUUAUUAUUAUUAUUAUUAUUAUUGCUCUAGUGUAAGUUUUGUCCUUGAUAUACUGCACAACAGGAGUGGGGAAUCUCAGACUGGGAGCCAAAUGUGUACACAUACAGAGAGAGAGAGAGAGAGAGAGAGAAAGAAAGAAUGAAUACCCUUCUCAAUCUGGCUUUCAGGACUCUCCCUAUAGGCCACCCUCACUCCUCAGCAACUCUGUCUCUUCCCAGGCCACAAUCCUCAUCAUUUUCUUUUCGGGCUGUAAUACAUCUUGCUUCUCUGCAUGGAGGUUAAGUGUGUGCAGGUGUGUGUCCACUGUACAGAGCUAAUAUUUGCGCCUAUUGCUACACAUAUUUCUGUCUCUCGCCAUACCCUCUACUAGAAUGUGCCCCCUCUCUCCUGGGUCCUAGCCUGGCACUAUAACCACUAGGCCACCACAGUCUUAACCUUGUCUUCUGGGCAAGACAUAUAAAUGAUAAAAUGCAGUUCAAAUGGGUAGGCAAUGUGGUUGCCCUCCAGAUGUUGUUGGGAGAAAAAGAGAGUCUUUGCCAGGUUCCAGGACAACCAUAAAGAAGGUACCAGGCAAGAAUCUCUGGGGAGGGAAUUCCACAGCCAGGUUGGUACCUGCACCAAGAUGGCAUUUUCUGUAGUGACCACCUGCCUUAUUUCACCUGAUGGGGGCACCUGGAGCAGGGCUUUCUCCAUACUUGAAUCAAGAAGGUUUUGGGUUUUUUUAUCGCAGUAAAAGUGUAUCUAGAAGAAGCAAUGAAUCAUCCUGCACGCUCUGUAUAAAUGUCGGUCAUGCUCAUUCUUGGAAGGAAGUGAGUUGAUGCCAAUCUCUCUCUUGAGAUCUCUCGGAAAACACAUUCAUUCCACAGCCUCCUCCCCUUUCACUGAUGUCAGAGUACAUGCACAGGCUUUCUUUCUUUUUUCUUUUUUUAAAUAAAUUUUUAUUAAUUUUCCAAACAUAAGAUAAGAAAGCAAACAAUACACAAAACACCGACAUACAAACAUAUAAACAUGUAUAAUUUCAUAGCCAUUUUUCAUAAACCUUACUUUCCGGACUUCCCCAUACCUCCCCUUUUCUGCAUCCUUGUUUUAUAUUUCUUCAGCAACUCCUCAAUCAACUAAUUAUUCAGUUCAAUUUCUUUUAAGUUCUUCUAAUAUUAUUAAUUACAGCUGCAGUUCUCUGUUUCCCAACCCCUUGACAUUUUAACAUUCCUGAAUUUUGCAACAAGUUCUAAGAUAAACUUUAAAUUUCUUCCAAUCUUCUUCCACUGUCUCUUUCCCCUGGUCACGGAUUCUGCCAGUCAAUUCGGCCAGUCCCAUAUAGUCGAUCACCUUCGUCUGCCAUUCUUCCAGUGUGGGUAGUUGUUGUGUCUUCCAAUACUUUGCUAGAAGAAUCCUUGCUGCUGUUGUCGCAUACAUACAAAACGUCCUGUCCUUCCUUCUCACCAAUUGGCCGACAAUGCCCAAGAGAAAAGCCUCUGGUUUUUUAGGGAAGGUCCAUUUAAGAACCUUCUUAAUUUCAUUAUAGAUCAUUUCCCAAAAGCUUUUAUCCUCGGGCAGGUCCACCAAAGGUGAUAAAAAGUACCUUCAGUCUCAUUACAUUUCCAACAUUUGUUAUUGGGCAGAUGAUAAAUUUUUGCAAGCUUGACUGGGGUCAUGUACCACCUAUACAUCAUUUUCAUAAUGUUUUCUCUUAAGGCAUUACAUGCCGUAAAUUUAAUACCGGUGGUCCACAACUGUUCCCAGUCAGCAAACAUAAUGUUAUGACCGAUAUCUUGUGCCCAUUUUAUCAUAGCUGAUUUCACCGUUUCAUCCUGUGUGUUCCAUUUCAACAGCAGAUUAUACAUUCUCGACAGAUUCUUAGUAUUGGGUUCUAACAGUUCUGUUUCCAAUUUUGACCUCUCCAUCUGGAAACCUAUUUUCCUGUCCUGUUUAAAUGUCUCGUUUAUCUGAAGGUAGUGCAACCAAUCUCGCACUUUGGACUUUAAUUUCUCAUAGCUCUGUAAUUUAACUUUUCCCCAUCUUGUUCUAGAAUUUCACAAUAUUUUGGCCAUUUAGACUCCAUAUUAAGUUUUUUCACCUCUUUAGCUUCCAUUGGUGACAACCACCUGGGAGUUUUACUUUCCAAUAGAUCUUUAUACCGCAUCCAAACAUUGUAUAAUGCUUUCCUAACAAUAUGGUUUUUGAAACCUUUAUGCUGUUUUACCUUAUCAUACCAUAUAUAUGCAUGCCAACCAAAUCUAUUAUCAAACCCUUCUAGAUCCAAAAUAUCUGUAUUCUCAAGAAGUAGCCACUGUUUCAACCAGCAGAAAGCCGCCGAUUCAUAGUAGAGUCUUAAGUCCGGCAGGGCAAACCCCCCUCUAUCUUUAGCAUCAGUUAGAUUCUUAAAUUUUAUUCUGGGCUUUUUGCCCUGCCAGACAAAUUUAGAUAUAUCUUUCUGCCACUUCUUGAAACAGUCCAUCUUGUCCAAAAUCUGCAAUGUCUGGAAUAAAAACAACAUUCUAGGCAAUACAUUCAUCUUGAUAACAGCAAUUCGGCCUAACAAAGAAAGUUUCAACCUUGACCAUAUUUCUAGAUCCUUCUUUACCUCUGUCCAACAUUUAUCAUAAUUGUCCUUAAAUAAAUUCACAUUCUUAGAUGUUAAGUUUACCCCCAGGUACUUUACUUUUUCGUUAUCACUAGUCCUGUUUCAUUCUGAAACUUCUCUUUUCGGCCAAUGUUAAAUUUUUAUCCAACACUUUCGUUUUCUGUUUGUUCAGUUUAAAUCCUGCUACUUGACCAAAUAUCUCAAUUAGUUCUAAUACUCUUUUAGUACUAGUAUCUGGCUGUUGCAAGGUCAAUACUAGGUCAUCUGCAAAUGCCCUUAACUUGUACUGUUUGGCUCCGACUUGUACUCCUUUAACCAACUGGUCUCCUCUAAUCAUAUUUAACAAAACCUCCAGGACUAAUAUAAACAAUAGAGGGGAUAUUGGGCACCCCUGUCGUGUACCUUUUUCUAUAGGUAUUUCUUCCGUUACCACAUUGUUUACAAUUAACUUUGCUUUUUGUUUAGAGUAUAUUGCACCUAUACCAUUUUCAAACCCUUGACCUACCCCCAUCCCUUGGAGAUUCUUCUUCAUAAAACUCCAACCAAUAUUGUCAAAGGCUUUCUCCGCGUCCACAAAAAUUAAAACAGCCUUCCUAUUAAUGUCCACUUCUAACAGUUCCAAAAUGUCUAUAAUGUUCCUCACAUUGUCCGACAUAUAUCUCCCUGGAAGAAAGCCAGUUUGGUCUUUAUGAAUCUCCCCUACCAACACUCUCUUCAGUCUUUUUGCCAUAAUGUCCGCAAAAAUUUUGUAAUCCACAUUAAGUAAUGAUAUAGGGCGGUAGUUUUUAACCUGGUUCUUUUCAGUCUCAGUUUUCGGUAUAAGUGAGAUAAAUGCUUCUUUCCACGACUCUGGUGCCUUUUUCCCCUCCAAAAUUUCGUUACAUACUUCCUUCAGUGGUUGUACUAACCAUUCCUUCAACACUUUAUAAUAUCUGGCGGUCAAACCAUCUGGUCCUGGAGCUUUUCCCAAUUGCAUCUUCUGAAUGGCACCCUCUAUUUCUUGUCCUGUUAUUUUCUCAUUCAAAAUCCUUCUGCUUUGCUCUGAAAUUUUUGGUAAUCCAUGUUUCUUAACAAAUUCUUCUAUUUCCUGUUCAUUAACUGGCCCUUGUGCAUAUAAUUUCCUGAAAUAACCUUGAAAACAAUUACUUAUCUCAUUUGGUUUGUGGAUAAUCUUUCCGUCCACUUCUAAACUUGUCACAGUGUUCAAUUUUUGCCUCUUUUUCAAUUGCCAUGACAGAAAUUUCCCACAUUUAUCUGCUGAUUCAAAUGUCUUUUGUCUCAUUUGCUUUAUUUUCCAUUCUAUCUCUUGAUUCAUCAAUUCCAUAUAUUGCACCUGAUAGUACUUUAUUUCUUUCAGAAUCUCAUGAGACUUUGGUUUAGACCUCAAUUUCUUUUCACCUUCUUUUAUUUUUUCCAGAAUUUUUCCUUUCCUUUCAUUUUGAUUUUUCCUUUUUAUGGAGUUCUGUUGUAUUAGGAAACCUCGCAUCACGGCCUUACUUGCGUCCCAAAUUAUUCUUUUUCCACUUCUGUUCUCAAAUUUAUCUCAAAAUAAUCUUUCACUGUUUUUGGGCCUUCUUAUAAAUCUCUUCAUCUCUGAAUAGGGUGUCAUUCAUUCUCCAUCUGAAGGAUCCAGUUGUUGUUAGUUUCAUCUCCAUCUUUACAGCAUUAUGGUCGGAGCAAGUCUUUGAGCAGAUUUCUACCUUUUUAAUCCUUGGCGCCAUACUGCUAGUUACCCAAAUUUGGUCAAUUCUUGUCCAUGUCAUUUUUGCUUCAGAGAAAAAGUUCCCUCUCUCUCAAGAGGGUUCCUUGUUCUCCAAAUGUCAAUCAAGUCCAUAGUUUCAGUCAUUUCAAAAAAAGUCUUUGGUAGUCUCCCUUCCUUGGAAAUUACUUGUCUCUGUGCUUUGUCCAUAUUUGUGGAAACUACGCCAUUCAUGUCUCCCAUCAUUAUAAUUCUGUAGUCUAAAUAGUCCAUUAAAGUCUCAUGCAACUUCUUAAAGAAUUCCGCCUUCCCAUCAUUUGGUGCAUAGAUUCCAACUAUCAAAAUUUUUCUCCUUGAACUUGUAUUUCAAUUGCCAGGUAUCUUCCUUGUUCAUCUUUAAAUAUCAUCUUUGGAGCCAAUUUUUCUUUUGCAUAGAUCACCACGCCUCUUUUCUUAACUUUAUCUGAUGAAAUAAAUUCUUGUCCAAGUCUCUUGUUUACCAAUAAUUUCCGAUGUGUCCUGGUCACAUGAGUCUCUUGUAGGCAUAUUAGAUCUAAUUGUUCUCUUUUCAAAAUAUGAAAAACUUGGCGUCUUUUUCGGGGAAGGUUCAAACCAUUACAGUUCCAGCUAAGAAGUUGCAGAGACAUUUUGUUAUUAAGUACCUGUUCCUCCGACUGCUCCUAGCUUUUGUUCCUCUUCAGAUGAUGGUAUGAGUCCAAAUGACAAGUUUGCAAUGUCUGUCACUCCUUUUUCUUGUAUUGUUGUUUCUACUGUUCCUUUCUGCAAGUCCUCCUGAUAUCUCUCCAGAAACUGUUCUUUAUCUUGAACUGUUCUUAUUUUAACCUUCCUUCCUUUGAAAGUAAAAGACAAUCCUUGUGGAAACUCCCACCUGAAGGGUAUGAUAUUUUUCUUCAGCAGGUAGACCAAAUCUUUAUAGAAGGCUCUCACCUCCAAAAUAUAUUUAGGGAUAUCUUUAAAAAUUUGUACUUGACUAUUUUCAAUCUCCAAUGCCUUUUGAUAAUGCAAAUUCAAUAUCUUAUCUCUUUCUCCUUUGGAUCUCAAUGUGAUCAAACAAUCCCUUGGCUUCUUACCCUGCCUCCUGCCGAGCCGGAAAGCUGUUGUUAUUUCAAGUUCUUCUUUCAGUCUUACCAUGUGUGGGGGGGAUGUUUCCAGCUCCCCAAGGGUGCAGAAGUUGGCCACUUGUGACUAGAACUUUGCUUAAUGAGCUCAGUGCCAUUAACGUCUCAUAAGAACAGAAAACUCAACGUACGGUUUUGGUUCCCCUGCCUGUCACAAAGGGCGUAGCUGGAUGUCCUUCUCAAGAGGAACAGCAGUAGUUUCACCUCUCAAAGCAUCUGUACUGACAGUACCAAGAUGAAGUGUUUUAUUGCAGAAGUUGACGCAGAAGUAGACUAUUGUGGUUGGGGGCAAAGACAGGUGUGGCUCCAUAGGCCUUCGUUAUGGCUGGGGAAUUGGAAAUUCCAUGCUCUGGUUUUUGUUUCAUUUUGCAGUAUUUAUAGGCUACCCUGUUUUUUAAAAAAGUUCAGGAGCCAAAACGUACGAGAGCCAAGGCGUUUGGCUUUCAAGGUACGACUGUAGAGUGCUGUGGGAUCCCAGAGUAUAAAUGUUGAGGAAAUCCCAUCUUCUUGAGUCAGCCAUCCAAGUAUGUGGAGCAGCCAAAAAGCAGGAUCCACCAAGACCCAACAUGAUAAGCCUCUCUAAAAACGUACUAUAGCUGAUGGCAUAAAAAGCCAAAAUGAGGUCCAGGAGAAUCAAUGGCAUUGUACUGCCCAUGUCAUCUAUAGGAGUGGACAAAGGAGUUUUUCUUCCAAAAAUAAAUCUAGAAAGUCUAGAAGUUGACUGGCUACUCUGCAUCCAGGAAGGGAAUGUUAGCCUCCAUUGGACAUCUGUUCACAUCUUCUGGGCCCAAGGAAAGUUUCUUCAGAAGCAAUUACACCGUAGUCUCUUUAGUUCAGCAAUAGUUCUGACACUGGAGGACUUAUUCUACCAUGUGCUGGGAAAUGUUAUAAAAAGUCAGAAUAAACUCGGAAUGUAAGAGGGUUUACAAGGCCACGUGCAAGUUUAGUACUUGGCAGAACUGUGUAUAUUCUGCCAGUGGGGUGUGUGUGUGUGUGUGUGUGUGUGUGUGUGUGUCCCUGAAAAAAAAAAUUCACUAGGAUCUGGCACUAACUCUCUAUUAUGUCUAAAUUGAGUACAAAAAACAAAGUGAACUUGCAUGGUGUUCAUGUAAGUCUUAUAUUUAUUUAGUUAACAAAAUAAAUAUAAAAAAUGGCUUCACUCCAAGCCUAGUCAAAAAUGAUGCAUUUGGCCCAGCCAAAUUUGUUUAAUUUUCUUGGAUGACCAUUUAAGCUGAGCUUUACUGUUCAUUUUGCAUAUGCAAGGAAGAUCCCUCUCCUGGAACUUCUUAAGUUUUUUUAUUCCAGCUUGUUUUUUCAUACUGCUUCAAGUUAAAACCCAGCAAUUUGCAUUUCAGUUUCUGAAUCUAUACCAGGUCUUCUGUAUUUUUCUAAUGCUGUGUGAUUCCUAUACAAAGUCCCUGUCAUUUUUUUAAAAUGGUUGAUUUACUUAAUAUUUUUAAUCCACACUUCAUUGCUACAUAGUGCAAUCCAAUUUCAGACAGGUUUGGUUUUAUAAUAAGGCGGCACAAAAAUCUUUUAAGUUCGUUGCUUCUAAACUGUACUGCUGACUUGGUGCACAGAACACACUGCAUACAAAGGAUUCUUUUGAAAUCUAUGGCUCCAGCCCAUGGCGCUGAUGACUCAAGAAAACUUGGGUUCUUAUCUUAACCAGACAUGUGCAGCCCUUAGCUAUUAAUACGUAUUUACGAAAUGGUGGCAUGUAGGAUACCAAAGGACAAAUGUGUUCUGGCAGAGAUAUCCCUGCCUAUCUACUUAUUUUGCAAUUAAUACAAGACCCACUACUGGUAAUCGUGGUCUGGAAGUGAAAUUGUGCUUUCUCCUGUAUGUCACACAAAUGAAAUCUGGCGAAUAACAUGGUCUCUAUCCUAAAAUCCUUACUGUGCAAAAUCAUUUUUCGGUGACGUCGUGUGUGUAUGUGUGUGUGUGUGUGUGUGUGUGUGUAUAUAUAUAUAUAUAUAUAUAUAUAUAUAUAUAUAUAUUGCUCAGCCUCUAAUGUAAGAUUGAACAUGGCAAGGAUUCUCCUUGGGUGAUUCAAUCUAAAAACUGGAAACAAUGGUUUUAAUGGUUUCUUUGCAGACUCCACAAAAUAGAAUCAAGCACUGUGAUAAGCCAUCAGCUUUCAGUGUUUUUUAUUCCUGAACCAACCAAAAGAAAGCAAUAAUAAUAAUGUACAGUGAACGAACUGAGACCACCAUGUAGAUUUACAGCACAGCUAAAUUUCUUAAUUUAUUUCCUUCUAGGACAUAAGGCAUGAAGCCAGUGACUUUCCAUGUAAAGUGGCCAAACUUCCCAGAAACAAAAAUCGCAACAGAUACAGAGAUGUCAGCCCAUGUAAGUUCUGUAUCCCUCUCAAUACUUUCAAGGAGUCUUUACAAAAGGGUGGAGUAGUGAAGAUGCAAUGCCAAACAAGGUAAAACUGUAUUGUUUCCAAUGUGCGUGCAACUUUAAAACAACACCCUGCUGUUGCUUUAAAUAACAAUUUCAAAAUAGGUUGCUCUGUGCUAUUUUGAUAGUAUUCCAAAAUAUUACCGCUGGUCCUCCAGCAUUGUAAUUGGGCAAAGACAUGCAAAGCAGAGAAAUUCGCAGCUGGGGCAAGCAGAGAUGGAGUCCAGUUUGUCCCAAAGCUGUAGAGAACUUGCAGUAUGUCCACCUUGCUCAUCUCCCCCCCCCCCCCCAACCUUUCAAAUGCCCAGCUUUCUCUACAUGCCGGUGAUAAACUUUGCUAGGGUUCGACCUAGGGUGGCAUUUUCCAAUAUCAGACCUUCGUCCUGGAAUGCCUGCAGUAGUGAAAGAGAAGUGCCUGUGAGCUUGUGAAGGUUGCGUUUUCUUUUCCUCGUUGAGUAAGCUCAGCCUGUUUCCAUGCACUAAGCGAGGGCUUCCAGAAUGGACUGGUGGGUUUGGGUUCCGAGGCAAGCAAUGAGCACAGACACUUGGCUUUUUAGAAGUUAAGAGAAGAACUGCCGUUGCUCAGUCUCUUUCAUUUUUAAUGUCUAGUUUAAAAGCUGGGUGGUUUCCUGUUUAAUCACGUAGAAACGCUUUGCCUUCUCGUCCAGCAUUCUGUUUCACAGAGUAACUAACCAGUGCCUGCAGGAUGCCCACAAGCACUGGACGCCUACAGAAGCACCAUCUUGCUUUUCUACCCCACCAACUGGUCUUAAGAGGAAUCUUGCAUCUAGACCUGGCUGUACCAUGUAACCAUGAAUAGCCUUGUCCUACGUGAAUUUGUCUAAUUGGCUUUAGAGCCAUCUAAGCUAGUGGCUGUUGCCACAAUUCGUAGCAGUGAAUUCCAUUUGUUACCCACCUCUUCUCCAGAAAGCUCAGGACCAUGUGCAUUGAGUUAUCUCAAUUUAUCAUUGCAACAAUCCUAUGAGGCCUGUUUGGCUAAGAGGUGGAUGAGUGGGGAUUUGCAAUUAAGUCUCCCUGGUUCAAAUCCUGGAUUGUCUCCACGUUGACUGCACUGGCUCUCAAACAAGCUGUGGUGAACUUUUCUAGCUGUUCAAUUCCCAAGUGUGUCAUAAUGACCACCUGCAUCUCAUGAGGGUUUUUUUUAAAAAAGUCAUGUGCAUUCAGUCACAGAUCUCCUAUCUACAUUAAUGUUGAAGAUACGGUAUCGCCAUGUACUGGAAAAUCUCUACCAUCACUUAAUAGACUAAAAAUCAGCUGAGUCUUCCAGGAAAACUCAAUAGAAGCUAUAGUGUUGCACAUAAUUUUGCUUACUGAUCAGUUUUAGGGGUUCUUUUUGUGGUAACCACCAUUGAUUUUUGUUUGUUUUAGAUGAAACGGCUUCCAGUCAGUUUGGUUUUCCUGUAAAAUGUAGGGAUUCUUCUAUAUCUGGGUAGGCUAAAUAGAGCAAACUUCAGACCUUUUGAAACGAAGUGCAGAUACUGUCAAAGUGGUUUGACUAUUGAUAAUAGCUGGGUGAAACAUUAAUUGAAUAAAAGAUACGCAACAGUGUAGGUGAAGGAUUAUGUUUUGGAAUUAUUGAUAUUCCGAUCUCUUCUGAAAAUAUGUGACAUAAGCAUACAACUUCAGCCUGGUAUAGGUCUGCUUAUAUCUAUUUUGAUUGAAAGUGAAAAUGCGAACAUAACAUCUCUUUUAAUCCAACUUGCACACCACAUUAGACCAUAGUUAAAGUGAACUAUGGUUUUAUGUGUCUGAUCAGCAUGCUGGUUCAUUCUGAUGAAAUCAUGGACGCCCAUGAUUUCGUCAGUAUGAACUGUACCAGAAAGUAGACAAGUUGUUGUCUGGCUUCUUGUUACAUCCCCAGCUGGAUUCAUGGUUUGUUUCUCCAAACAAACCACAAGCUGAAGCCAAGGUUUAUUCUUCACUUACCACUUGUGGUUUGCUUGUGGGAAACAAACCUCAAGCCCAGGUUUGCAUGUUACAAGUCAAACUGUGGCUUGUCUCCCCUCCAGCACAGCAGGAGUGGGAAAGGUCAAAGCACCCACAAUAUCAGCAGUGUACACCAGCAUGAGCCUAUGCUUGUUCGCAUUAAACCAUAGCUUAUUUUAACUAUGGGUUAACAUGACGUGCAAACUAAGUUGUUGUUAGUAACACAUCUUAUUAAGCAUCAGUCACACACUCUUUUCAGAAGAGUUCUUGAGAAUUGUAUAUAAUGGGUGCUGUCCCAUACUUCAUUAUUUUGAAUUGAAAGAUGUUAGCCCUUCUUUUUGAAUAAGCUGCUUCGCAUAAAAUGAAUAACACACAGUGAUUUUCUUAACUCUGCAAUCUACAGUUGACCACAGUCGAAUUAAGCUGCAGCAGGAUGAUAAUGACUAUAUCAAUGCCAGUUUGAUAAAAAUGGAAGAGGCGAACAGGAGCUACAUCCUCACACAGGUAAGUGCUUGAGAGAGGAGGAAGGAUGGAGAACCCAUUUCAUAGUCUUCCUGACCUCUUGUUCGGUCUUUGAAUCUUAUAAAUGCAUAGCUCAUGUGUGGCAUGAGAGAAAAUUGGUUAAAGGCAUUCGUUUUCCCUGUUGUGCAACAUUUCACUGCUGUAGAAAUGCCCAAAAUAGAAGUUUGCCAUAGAUAGCCGUUUCCUUCAUGAAUUAAUCUAAUCCUAUUUUAAAGCCAUCAAGAGUUGGUGGCCACCCCUGCCUCUUGUGAGAGUAUAUUCUAUAGUAGGCAUAGGCAGACUCGGCCCUCCAGAUGUUUUGGGACUACAGCUCCCAUCAUCCCUAGCUAACAGGACCAGUGGUCAGGGAUGAUGGGAAUUGUAGUCCCAAAACAUCUGGAGGGCCGAGUUUGCCUAUGCCUGUUCUAUAGUGUAACUAUGCACCGCGUGAAGAAUUGCUUUCUUCACAUAUGAGAACUGGGGAAAGUCAAUAGAGUGGCAAUCUAGAAAAGAGACCCUGCCAAUGUUUUGAUAAUGCUGGACCCUGAAGUACUUACUGACAUGAAAUAUGACUUCCAAAGACCUGGGACCCCCUUUGGAAGAAUGUAUUUAUAAGGCCUGCUUCUGUUUGUAUUACACGGCUUCAUUACAUGGAAUAAGAUUUUUAAAAAGCAUAUAAAUUCUUUUACACGAAGGAUUUUUCUUUUUGUCAUUUGUAUGCCCAGAAUUAUGAAUUGCAAAUUAUGAUUUAAGCAUUCUGAAAUCCAUUCAAGUUAAACAAGGGAUUGCUCCUUCAGCAUCUCUUACUGCAUAGUAUAUCCAUGAUUUUGUGAUCUAAGUAACUUUGAUGCUGCCUAGUCAAGUCCUCCCUCCUCCUAGCAUGUAAAAGGCCAUGGAACUGCUCUUCUUCUACUUCUUCUUCUUCUUUGACUCUCAAAAAUAGACCUCCUUAGAGAGGAGGCAUGGGUAAUUUCCAGCAGAGCUUUGCAUCCCUCCUUGGCUCCUCCCAGCUUUAUGUCUUUGUUGUUACUGAACCAGGAUCAUUUGCUCCCCCAGAGCAGAGUGCAGGAAGCUGUGCACCCAGUCCCCUUCCUGUUGAUGGUCGGUUUUGUGAUCAGUUGUGUCCUUUUCUCUUUCUGAAGCUGUUUCCUUUGAUAGAAUCUUCACUCUGCCUCCUCCCUCUCUCAUUGGCCCAGGCACUUUAAAUUACUCCGAGCCUUUUCCAUUGAUUUGUUUGGGCCCGAUCCGUCUUGGUUUCUCGUGUCUGUUUGUCUCAGUUUUGUAUGAGGAGUCAUGCGAAACGCCAAUGAUGACUCGAGGAAGUCCCUAUGGACAACUUGAAGAGCCUUUCUUUAGCUUUAAACCUUAUUAAAGCAAAGGUUGGUGGCAGUCGACUAGGAACAUCUGUAAGGAAAAGUAACCUCUAUUCAAAAAUUACACAAAUUAAUAAUGCACACUAAGUCUUUGAAACUCCCAUUGUUCUAGGUGCAUUUUGCAACAGGGAGCUCUGGGGGCAGUACUGUGCCCAAGAUUUCAAUUUAAAACUGCAGAGUGGAAGGAAAGGAGGACCUUUUUCUGCCUCUCCACUUCCAGCUACUCUCUGAAGACUGGAGAAGAGACCCUCAUAAGAAUAUUAGGGGGGCGGGCAGGGGAAGGACUAGACCAUGUGAAAAAUGAACACAAGAUUUUAGCUGCAGUUCCUUCAUUUUCAGCUUUUUAUUCUUGUUAUAAAAGUGCAUACAUUCCAUUGUUGCACCCAUAACCUAGGUCUGAGGUGCCAUUUAGCUCCUGGCUUUCAUAUCUCAGUUUCUAACACUCUGCAUACUCCACGAAUAGUGAUGAUAAUGUGGCUGAACUGACAGAAUCAGUAAAGUAUCAAGUCUCCAGGUGCCUGUGUUGUGCACCGAGAAUGUCUUUUCAAUUUACUUUGGGCUUUCCAUAGGUAAAGGUAAAGGCGUUUGUUCACAGACAGCUUUCUGGAUCAUGUGGCGAGCAUAACUAAGCCGCUUCUGGCAAACCAGAGCAGCGCACGGAAACGCCGUUUACCUUCCCGCUGGAGCGGUACCUGUUUAUCUACUUGCACUUUGACGUGCUUUCGAACUGCUAGGUUGGCAGGAGCAGGGACCGAGCAAUGGGAGCUCACACCAUCGCGGGGAUUAGAACAGCCAACCUUCCGAUUGGCAAGCCCUAGGCUCUGUGGUUUAACCCACAGCGCCACCCGCAUCCCUUUUCUUCCAUGUGUAGGUGUCCUAAAUAAUGAUUAUAUUACAUAGGGUGCAUUCACCCUACUCCACAGCAUGGAAAAUUGAGGGCAAAGUCUCACCCAUAUAGAAAAACAAUCAUGUGAAAUGAGACCUACAAGGCUCAAGGUCUUGUACCAGUGCCGGAUUUACGUAUAAGCUAAACAAGGUAUAGCUUGGGGCCCCACUCUCUUGGGGGGCCCCAAAAAAUGUAAAGGGGAAAAAAUUGGAUGUACAUUUCCAAAAUAUAAGAUAAAAAACAAAUAAAAUAAAACCUACAUGCAGCAACAGUGGCAAAUGGCUUUAGAUACUAUUAGAUCCAUAAAUUACCAUAUAGCACAUAUUCAACACAAAAAACAGCGACAAUUUGUUGUUGACGAAGAACAACUGGACAUAUAAACGGCCCCAUUACCUUCAGUGGUUUAGGGCCUCAUCAAACCUAAAUCCGGCCCUGAGUUGUACCAAAGCGGUUAUCCAGCAAACACAGUAUUCAGGUGUGGUUUCUUUAGUAAAUGAGGUGGCAAAGUCCCAUCUAAAUUUAACGAAUAUUUGCAUAAACUGCUCCUGAGCAACCAGUCUCCCUAUUGAGCUGGGGCGAAUACAGUAUUGCGGAGUCAAGUAAACAGGCAACAUCUGCUCAAGGGUACAAGUCAGAGUCUGGGUUCAAGGAUGCAUUGUUGAGGGUGCAUCAGAGGCAAAACGCUGUGGGUGGGCAGAGAUGUACAUGAGACAGAGGAAAUGCAAGGAUGAGAAGUUAAAUUUGGUGUAAUCACAUUCAUAGUGGUGAAGCAGCCCUUUGUGUGCUCUGAGCAUCUCCCCAUAAGCUUUGUAAUACAGUCACACCUCGUGUUGCGUUUGCUUCAGGUUAAGCGUUUUCAGGUUGCAUCCCGCGGCGACCCGGAAGUACCAUGCGCAGACUCUCAAAAUGACAUCACGCACAUGCGCAGAAGCAGCGAAUCGCGACCUGCAGACACGGGUUGCAUUCUGCUCAGGUUUCGAACGGGGCUCCGGAAUGGAUCCCGUUUGCAACCAGAGGUACCACUGGACUUAAGGCUCAAUCAUGUACCCAUGUGCAGCUAAUCAGAAGUUAAGGGACUAGGAAGCCUUUGUUCCUGACAUCCUAAACUUGGAUAGACUGGGUAAUCCAAAUCCCUUUGGCUCCCAAUUCCUAGCAAUAUCUAUUCUGGAUUAGUUACUUGAAUAGCAACAGGAUAUAGCAUGGAUUCGGGUGAUAUUAAAUGCCAGUUGUGGACUAAUGGAAUUGACUUUUAGCCACUCGGCCAUCAGUCACUUUCUUUUCCAAGGGGCUAGUUCGCUGCACUUGCAAGCUUGGUGAGUGCAGGGUUCCCAUUUUGGCCAGCCUAAUAUCCUUAAUAAGUCUUUUGUAGAUACAUUUUAAUACAUUGGACCUCAUGGGUUGAUAUGUGAGGGACUGGUGGGAAAGGAAGAACCUUUGACCUGGAAGAGAGGUUACUUUGAAAGUGGAUCGGGUAAACAUCUAGCAGGAAUAGUAAACUCUUCCUGACCUUGCGUGUCAAUGCUAUGCCAAGACUUUUCAUGAAAUGAUAAAGAUGGCUGAAUUUCCUAGCAGUUGGCUUUUAUUGUCUCUCGUUUCUGUGAAUUGCAAGUUCCAUUGAUUGAACAAACGUCUUAAAUUUAUCAUGCGGAGUGGCAUUUUCAUUUUUUUCUCAACAAGCUUUCUUAGAACUGUUCUUUACUGUUCCUAUCUACAAAUAAUGAAAUAAGGACAUGGUUCUCUAUCUAUAAAACUUUAAAGUUCUGCAUCCUUAAAGAUUAGUAUUUGGCAACUUCACAAUAUGAAGCGGGGUGGAAAUCACUUAAAACUUCACAUUUUAUGUAUCUGAAAAGAGGAGCCACUCCCUGUGUUGGGUUUAGAAAUAGAGAAUUGUUGCUAGGCUGCUGUUCUCUGAACUUGUACCACAUUAAGGCUUUGUAUCUUUGCAGGGGCCUCUGCCAAAUACUUGUGGUCACUUUUGGGAGAUGAUUUGGGAACAGAAAAGCCGUGGCGUUGUCAUGCUCAACAGAGUGAUGGAAAAGGGAUCAGUAAGUAACUAAAUCAUCGCCCCCCCCCCAAUGUUUGUUUUGGGAUCCUGAGCACAUGGUGCAUGCACAAUUUAAAAACCUGAUGAAGAUGGUCCUGUAGGGGAAAAAAUGCAAUAAUGCACAUGCCAGAAGUGAAGAAAAAUAAGUAUUGGUUAGACAACGUAGAAAUAUAAUGGAAUCUAUUAUGUUCAGAACCAAUUGUGCACUAUGAGUGCAAUAUAUGACCAGCCUGCAACCCAGUGCAAUGAACUUUUUUACUUUGCUCCUUUGCAGUUUCAGCAUUUGGUUGUAAUGAGGGGGCUGAGCAUAUUUAUUUAAUUGUAUUUCAUUUCUCUCUCAGUCCCAAGUUAGUUCAUAAGAUGUGGUAGCCAGUGUCAAGUACAGAAGCUAGCACUGAGCUUCACCAGGAGAACAAGUUGCACGGACUUUUUAUUCCGUAUCCCAAUUUUUUGGUGGUUCCUUUAUUGUUGGGCCACGUGGAAAGAUGUGAAAAAUUCUUGGGACAUUCCUCAGUUAUUACUAUUUUCAAUUCAGGUGUUUUUGUGCAUCAGCAGAGCCCUCAUGUAGUUAACCAGGGUCAGUGAUGUAAUUGCUUUCACCAUGUGAUCCCUGAAUGGCUGGGAUCACACAGUGAAGAAGUCCGUUCAGGAUUUUAAAAGUGGCUCUGAAGCAGCAGUGUUUUGAUGAUUGAUGACUGCAAACAGGUAUGAAAAAAUGCAUGUAAGUGUUUAAAGCAGGGAAACUUUGGAGACAUUUUGUACCCUUUAAAACAGCAACUUACAUAUUGAAAAUUGAACAGCUUGAAAACUUGGUACAGCAAUAACAGCUGUGUCAACUCUUAGCUAUUAGACGCCCUCCAGAUCAGACCUUUUAGUAACCUAAACUUUCAGCUGACAUUGCUGUUGCUUUUUCAACCCUUUGCACAUGUCCAAAGAAGAACCACACUGUGCCACUAUUUUACUUGUUUUCAGUUGUGUAUGUCCUUCAUUCUGUUGUGGAACCCAAACCAGUGUCCAUGUGGUUCUCAGGCAAUCCAGGGACUUCUGUGGCUGCCAUAGCUACAAUGAUAUUCCCUUUCCUCUCUGUUUUCCCUUUACUUUCUUCUCCUCCUGCUCCCCCUCUGGUCUUCACAUUCUCUUACCACUCCCGAAACCAUACUGCUGCUGCGUGUGUGUUUUUGAAAGCUCUUCAAACGCUUUAGUAAGCACAUUUGAUAUGCAUAUUUUUCUUGCUUCAGGGUUUUUGCAUAAUGCAUUUUUGGGUCGCAUCACAAACAGCCCUGUGUGUGGGUGCUGUAAAGCAGAUGGUGCACUCACUGAUGAAUAAAUCACUUUAUAAGUAGUUAGGAAGGGACGCGGGUGGCACUGUGGUCUAAACCACAGAGCCAAGGACUUGCUGAUCAGAAGGUUGGCGGUUCGAAUCCCUGCGACGGGGUGAGCUCCCGUUGCUCGGUCCCUGCUCCUGCCCACCUAGCAGUUCGAAAGCACGUCAAAGUGCAAGUAGAUAAAUAGGUACCACUCCAGUGGGAAGGUAAACGGCGUUUCCAUGUGCUGCUCUGUUUCGCCAGAAGCGGCUUAGUCAUGCUGGUCACAUGAAGCUGUACGCCGGCUCCCUCGGCCAAUAAAGCGAGAUGAGCGCUACAACCCCAGAGUCGUCCACGACUGGACCUAACAGUCAGAGGUCCCUUUGCCUUUAAAUAGUUAGGAAAUUCAUACCCAGGUUUACCUUAGGGCAGAGGUGGUGUACUGUUCUAACCCCAAGGACUGCCUUACUUCAUGGGGAACGUCCCAGGAACCGCGUUUUGGGGCCAAAGACAAAAGUGGACAGAACAAUGGAUGUAACUCUUCACGUGGCCAUGUGCAACCUCCCCUACCCCCAAGUGCACUUGUCCAUCUACCAUCCAUGCAUGUAAGAGAUACUAUUCAAGGGCAGCUCAAGGACACAUUCCCGUUCAAGCAAAAGCAUCUGAGGUGGCUGCGGAGAACCUGAAGAUUAGAUAAGAGAAGACUGGGGAGCAUUCAGCCCCUGGGCUUGAGGUUCCCCACCUUAGGCAAAAAAACAGGCAGUGGCUCCAUCACUUACACAGGUUAAUCUGGAAAUGGUUCAAGGAGCUGCUUAGUUGACUUCUGAAUCACAGACAUCCAAAUCAUUCCCUUUAAGUUAAAGUGGUGAACACAUGGGCGUCCAUGUGCCACGUGGCCUGUGUGCGAGAGAUUGACAGCUGAGCCAUCAUCCAUGCCUCUCAUUUCACCCAACUGAUAAGUAGCGUGUGAUGAAAGGAGUUGUCAACAUGGUGCCUUCCAGAUUGUUGUUGGACUCCAACUCCUAUCAGCCUCUGGGAUGUUGUGAGUUGGAGUUCAAGAACAUCUGAAUGGCACCACGUUGACUUCUCCUGUGUUAGGAGCUCUCUUCUUCUGUCUUCCUUCAAGUCUUCGGCCUUGAAGGAGUUGCCAGGCUCGCCUGCCCAUGCUUCUCUUUCCAAACAACAGUCAGUCGACCACUUGCCAUAAAUAACCUCACAGGCGUUUUUCAAAAGUCCUUGGAGUGAAGAGCGAAUUGUAUUCCUUACAGGAUAUAGGAAAGAUUUAUGGAGAAGUCGUCUGCAGUAAUCACUGUCUUGUUGAGUGGAGGUUUCCAGUUCCCCAGUAAUAUUCGUAGUGAAACAAAUCUAAAACGAGAAGUACAGUAACCACAGACUCAACCAUUCCUUCCUCUCCCACUCACCCCCACUCAUUCUUUCUCCACUGCCAGUAAGCUUGAACAAAGCACAGAAUUAUUGAGAUCCCCUGGGGGAAGGCUGCUAAUGCUUCUCGACAAACGGUUGAGGGGGGAUACUCAAUGGGAACUUGGCAAAAACAUUAUUUGCCAAACCAUUUAGUGCAAAAAAAAAAAAAAGUUACAUGUAGCAGAUUCUCUUGCAAGCUGCGAUUAAAAAUAAAUUUGCAGAAGAUUAAAAAUUCUUUCUGUCUCCAACCAAGUCGUAUUGUUCAGGAGUUAAAUGGAAAAAGACGUUGGUGCCUUCUACGAUGGGCUAUCCUACACAGAAUUCUUUCCUUUUUCCCCCUCUGGAUAAAACAUUUUGUGGGUUGGUAAACUAUUGCCUCAAACACUUCUUUUGUGUAAUACUCCCUAGUGGAUUGUACCAGUUUCCGUUCUAUAAAAGGUCUCCAGUAUUACCAUCCCAUGUUGGACUAUUUUUGAUCAGUAAUUAAAUAGCAUAAUUACCCAUCUCUUUGUCAUAUGGUAGAAAAAGCAGAAAGAAUAAGGCUAUUGCACUGAAAAUGGAACACUAAAAAUCCAAGCACAGUAAGCAUUUUCCUCGUCAGAUGUCAUUGAAGUUGUAUUGAAUUCUGCAGGACAGCAUUCUCCAUGAACCUAAGUUCUUGGUGUCUACAAUUGUAGGUUUGAUAGUUGUCUCAGCCACUGGACACCAUCAGCUUCAUGGCAUAUAAAUAUUCUAGCGAUGCAAAUCUUGGACUUCCUGGGAAAUUAUUAUUGAGAAAAUUACUAUGAUCAGUCAAGAACUUAGGUAAUUGAAAUGCCCAGACUCCAUUUUCAGUGAGAACAAACCGCUGUAACCUUUAAACUAUCCCAUAUGGCAUCAAAAUGAUCUCAUAAGACUGGGAUUUGGGGGAAAGGGGUUGAACUGAACUGAACAACUCAAUUGCAUCUGUGUCUCUUGAUUCCUAAUUAAAAGCUACAGUUGUGUGCAUGUAUACUUCUAGCUGUUCUCCUGAAUAGAGUCCCAUAAAUCGUUAAGGCAAUUUUGUUGGCUCGUUGCAGUUGUCAGUUUUGCCCAAAUGAGGUUUUCCCUAGCUGCCAUGUUCUGUAAUCCCAGAUCGGUUCCAGAAACCCGGUGCCUAGUGCCAGUCCGUGGCACUCGAAAGUAUGUUUUGUUCACUCAGUGGUUUCAGUGGCUUAAGGGGUAAUCACAGGGGUUUCUCCUGUUGUUAGCGGUUGAGACUUUCAGCGUAAAUUCUUAGGGGUGGAUGAACACACACAGGCACUGGAAGCUGCAGCCUAUCUAGAGUACACUCCACUCCAGCCGGUAUCCAAGGCAAAGGUCUCUCCACAUCCUGCCACCUUUCAGUGCCAAACUGAGACCUGCAUGCAAACUCAUGUGCUACACCACUGGCACACUUCCAACCCCAGAACUGAUGUGCACUGCAUUCAAUCACUGCACUUUGCAAGUGAUCUCUUCCAGCAUCACCCAUGCUUCCUUUGGCAUCUUCAAGGAGCAUUUAAAGGAGGGUUAGGGGUCCUGUGACUUUCCAGAUGUCGACUUCCCAUCAGUUGCAGCCAGCGCAACCAUUAGUCAGUUAUUGUGGAAGCCAAACACCGGUUCACAACAACUGAUUUUAAAGACUCGUCUCUUUGCUCAAGUCCUUCCCUGUGCAAUUUCCUUCCUCUUCUUAUUGACUGGAAGCCUGUGGGAAACGACAGCCCCCCCCCCCUUUUCAAUUCUGCAAGUCUGCUUUUAGAUAUUCAGUAAACUACGUCUGUGUGCCACAUGUACAUGGAUAAUGCGAAGCGGCUGUCUAUAAGUGCCAUGCAUGCUGAUGAUUUGUAAAUAAUGCUUGCCAUUCUGGGCGACUCCUUGUUAAGCAGCUUGAACAUGAGUCUUGCUUAUUUCCCCCCUCUAGAUAAAAUGUGCACAGUACUGGCCGCAAAAAGAGGAGAAAGUGAUGCUCUUUGAGGAUACAAACUUGACGUUAACCUUGAUAUCAGAAGAUAUAAAAUCCUACUAUACAGUACGACAGUUAGAAUUGGAAAACCUCACAGUAAGUAUGGGGAAGCUCAGCGUUAACUAUUUCUCUCUCACACAUACACACACUUUUUGCAAACCGUAUUUUGCUGUAUUAGUCUCCUGCAUUAAGAAGAUGGAUACUUGAUGACUCUUUGCUAGAGCUUCAAGAUCUGCUCAAUGCUGAUGUUUCAGAAUCUCAGCUGCGUUGAAGGUUUUUUGUUCUAACAUUUGAGAAGUUGCCGCACUGGCUCUUCGGAUUCUAGUUCCUAGGUAUGGGCAGCACAUUCAACACAGAUAAGCACAUCAGGGGUUUUUUUCCCUGCCAUCGUACCUUCAAACAUCUUUGCAGCCAUGGGGGCUAGAAAUACCGCAGGAAUUCUCAGAGUUUCCUCUCUCUACAUUCUUGGCAGUUGUGUGGAAAUAGAAGUGGGGAAAGCAGUAUGUUUUCCAUAUUUCCCCAUUUCUCUUUUUUUAGCUUUUUUAAUGAGAAGAGCAAUUAGGUCAUGUCCCAUAGUAAAGUACUUCCUAGAACGAGUGUGGAGGACUGUGUUGGUCUAGUGGGGCAGAUUUCUACCUCCCGCACCUGACACAGUUAUGCUUAGUGAGCCUUUUUCGUCAGCAUGGGUUUUGCAAAAUGCUUUGCAAGGGACCCAGCGAUCAGCUGAUAGUUGAGUCUUGCUGAGACCCUUGGAAAACACUCAACAAGAUAGCGCUUUGCAAGGGUCUCAGGCAGACCCUCUUCCCAAGUCCCUUGCCACAAAAAAGCUGUCUUGCAAAGAAUCAAGUGAUAUCCAGGCCUCGUGGAUCGCUUUGCACGGGGCUUUGCAAACUCUCCUUCAACUGAGCAGGUUCCCAUGAACUUUCUCCUAGAUCUUGUGCCAAUUGCUGAUGGCAAACCGCAGAAUCAGACUGCAUUUGAAUCAAGAGGCAAACCCUGUUUAGCGGUUCUAGUAGUAAACAGCUACUGUGUAAUAAUCAUAUAGGAUCUUAGAGCAGAUAUGGGGAACAGUUCCCAGCCAGCAGAAGAGAUGCUUUGGUACCCAAGUGCACAAAACCAUAGAAUUGUAGAGUUGGAAGUGACCCUGAGGUUCAUCUCUUUCCCGCAACGAUUUUGACAGGUGCGCUAAACCACAAUCCCCAGUCACCUAAUGGCACCAUGACAUCCGUUGAUGAAUUUUCCUUUGCCUGUGCGGUUUGAAAUCGAACAGUGCUUUGCAAGUGCUGACAAUCAGCAGUGCCUGCAAAGCCCACUUUCAGCAGGAAACUGCGUCUGUACCUGUCCCACAGGGCAGGUGGACUUGGCCUGGCCAAAAUGGUCUUGCAUGCCAGAUUUGAGGCCUAGCCAGUGUGAUUAGGCCCCUGGGCUGGAGACUCCACAGCCUUGCCCUAGAAUAUCAUCAAUUACAGUGUCCCUACAGUGGAAUUUAAUAUACUCUGUGAAUCUUUUUUACAUGUGAGUAAACUUUUUGUGGCACCUCAUGAAGUAAAUGCCUGUUCAAAUGCAGCCUUGAAAUCAACUUUCUUUAGUUUGGCCAGGGCAGGUGUGGAGAGUUGUCGAGUGUUAUGUUCCAUGCACGUGUAAUUUUUUUUUUAGAAGAAAUAUGAAAAUAAACUGAAUGUCAGUUUCCUAAUCGCUGAAGCAUUGUUGCAGGCCAUAACGAGUAUCGCUGCGUACUUUCACUUUCUUGAAACCUUGGGUGAAAACGGUUUUGUCUUUUGCAGACACAUGAAACUCGAGAAAUCCUGCACUUUCAUUAUACAACGUGGCCUGACUUUGGAGUCCCCGAGUCUCCAGCUUCGUUCCUCAACUUCCUGGUCAAAGUGAGAGAGUCGGGGUCACUGAGCCCCGAACAUGGACCCAUUGUAGUACACUGCAGUGCAGGGAUUGGCAGAUCAGGAACUUUCUGCUUGGUUGACACUUGUCUCCUUUUGGUAAGAGAAGCUUGCUUGUAAGGUGGAAGGGAGUGUUGGCUGCCAUUUUGUUUAGUGCCUUUCAACUCCACAAUUCUAUGAUGCUAAGCAGAGCGGAGCGAAAUAGGCUUCAUAAACUUCGGCAAACCCUUUGUAGCAGUGACUAUGUGGGACAUCUGUCUGAAUUCUGCUUUAACCUAAUUCCGUUUCAGACUUGUGCUGAGCUGGCACCAAUCUUUGUCAUGGAGGAACCAGCGCACAGUUCCUCAGUACCACCAGUGCACAGUUAAACUGUGGCAUGGUAUAGAGGCCCAUACAUAGGAGAACCUGAUACUUCUGAAUCUUCACCCUGAAAAAGAAAAGGGUUUGGGGGAGAGAGAAAUUCCCACAGACAACUCCCAUCCUAGAGUAAUCUAUUUCCACUUCAAAGUUUAAAAUCAAGCCUAGCUUUCAGUGAGGCCUGCCUUCGGUUAGCCAGUUGGUAACACUCUCUCUUUCCAAACCCUUUCUGUGUCUUGUUUCAGUAAAUGUGCUUUUGGCAGGAAAACUACAAAAACGCUAUGUUCUAUCCACUUCAUUCUGAAAACUUGUUGCCUUAAUUUUCACAUUUAUCGCCCUGAUUUUUGAGUAUGUUGACAUGAUCCUUGUUGACAUGAUCCUUGGCACUGCAGCUAGAGAAGCUGGGGAGAAUCCCAUUUCUGUUCUCCUUCCUCUGGCAUUCCAGUCCUAAGCAUGUGUUGGAAAUGAGUCCUGCUGCUUUUGAAUAAAUGUGCAGAGAACAACAGCCUCUCAACCAAAUCUUAUGAAUGCCCAUUGCAUUCAUGGGAGUUUACUUAAGUUCAGUGUCAGAAUAUGUGUGUCUUCGACAAGUCAUAUUGUUGGGGUCACCAGUUUUAGUGGGAUGAAGGGGGAGGGCCCAAUAAUAGUUUGUUGGCUAUUCUUAAAAAAUAUUGGAUCUGGUGAAUUUCCACUGGGCAUCAUUCUGUAAGACCUGAGUAGAUGUGGGUUAGGACUGCAACCUUGAUAAAGACGUCUUCCAGAUAUUCCACAAAUGAGAAGCUGUACUGUGGCUGAGCCAGUGUGGUGUAGUGGUUAAGAGCGGUAGUCUCAUAAUCUGGGGAACCGGGUUCGCGUCCCCGCUCCUCCACAUGCAGUUGCUGGGUGACCUUGGGCCAGUCACACUUCUCUGAAGUCUCUCAGCCCCACUCACCUCACAGAGUGUUUGUUGUGGGGGAGGAAGGAAAAGGAGAAUGUUAGCCGCUUUGAGACCCCUUAAAGGGAGUGAAAGGCGGGAUAUCAAAUCCAAACUCUUCUUCUUCUUCGGAGGUAAUUCAAAAAACGAUCUGAAUUUCACCUUUUUCUAUUUAGAUGGACAAAAGAAAAGACCCUUCUUCCGUCGACAUUAAGCAGGUUCUUUUAGAAAUGAGGAAAUACCGCAUGGGGCUUAUACAGACUGCAGACCAGCUUCGCUUCUCAUAUUUGGCUGUUCUAGAAGGAUCAAAAUUCAUUAUGGGAGACUCAUCUGUGCAGGUGAGCAGCAUUAGCAGAAUUCGACUGGCAUAGGUUGUCUUCAUUUUUUAAAGUUGUGUGUGAAUGGGCCAAGAUUUUUAUGGAACAGCAGUGUGUAGAAUCGAGUGGCAAUUAGAUGUGCUAAAGCAAAGUGGUUCACAAAGGCACCUUUGACACACACAUAUACUUACACAGACACACACACACACUUGUGUAUAAACCAGGUUAUAGGAUGUUGCAUGUGUUGUUGCCAUUGCAAUAGGUGAUUCUUACUGCUUUACAGUUCUGGGGAAUAGCAGGUUCUGCCCUGGCACUGCAGUACUGUAGUUCAUUAUCCAACCCGUGUCUUCUUAUGUCUUGUAGAUGUGAAGACUCUAGCAGGACAAGGGUAUCCGCUGAGCUGAGGGUUGUUGCUUAAGGCGCAUCAUGCCAUUGUCACUUAAACGUUAUUUGACUAGGUGGUAGAAUAGUUGAGAGGGAAAGAAAAGAAAAAUUCAGAGCAGGGUGAUGGUUUCAUGUGCCCAAGCACCCGGGGUGGUUGAUGCACUCUCCUUGCUCCGGAAAGGGAAUGAGGUGAUAACAAGACUGCAAAGAGGAAGUCAGAGAAUGAGGAAGGGAAUUAAGCAGAGGCUAGAUCCCUCCCCUCUUUUGAUGUGGAAUAUUAUUAUCAGUAUUUCCAUUUAUGAAUUGUUUCCAAUGAGGAGUUUCAAAGUGACUCUGAAUACAUUUUGUUCAACAUCGUUCUGUCUGUGCAAGCGUUGCAACUUGCCAGCUGGACCUAUUUCCCCCUCCCAUCAUGCUAUUCUGGGAGCUCUCCUGACACACUCACCCAAACCCCAUUUUCAGGGAGUGCAAGGGGGUGGGCCGGAGGGAAGCCCCCCAGAGUGCAAGCAGAAAUCUUUGCUGGAAGCUGCCUUUAGUGGCUGGGGCAACCUAGUCAGAUGGGAGCAUAUAAAUAAUAAAAUGAUGAUAAUGCAGACAUUCCUCUGUUGGGACUGGUCAGGUGAAUUGUGCCCUUCCAAUGCUUUUCACAACUUGAACCUAUGCAUCCAAGUCAGACGUAAGUACCACUGAGUUCCGUGGAGUUUACUCCCAGGUGACUGCGCAUAGGAUUAAAGUCAUACCUCAUGUUAUGUUUGCUUCAUGUUACGUUUUUUCAGGUUGUGUCCCGUGGCGACCCGGAAGUACCGGAAAGGGUUACUUCUGGGUUUUGCUGCUUGCGCAUGCGCAGUAGCACUAAAUUGCGCUUCGCACAUGCGCACAAGCACCAAAUCACGUCGCACACCCGCGCAGAUACGGCGCUUCAGGUUGCGGGCUUUUCAUGUUGUGAACGGGCCUCCGGAAGGGAUCCUGUUCGCAACCAGAGGUACCACUGUACAGUUACAUCACAAGGAAUAGUAAAUCUUGUUAUUUUGUCUUUAGUCUAGCUAGGAGCCUAAGGGAAUGCACAAUCUCGUGGCUAUAGGGGCUGUCAUGAUGAGCUCCUGCACUUCAGAUUUUCCCACUGCCAAUAGGUACAACAAACUGCACAGUAACAUUUCUUUUUUAAAAAUGGAUAAAUGGGAACACCUUAAUGGUGCAUCCUGGGCGUGUACAGAAAAAGUGUGUGUGCAUUUUCCUUGCUGUUUUUUUAAGAAGGUUUAAUGAGUCUCCUGCUUCUGUUGAAGGAGCAAUGGAAAGAGCUCUCUAAAGAAGACUUGGACCCCCCGCCAGAACAUAUUCCCCCACCCCCAAGACCACCCAAGCGAACCUCAGAAAUGAAUAACGGAAGGGUGCACGACCACAUGGAAAAUUCUUCAAAACAUCGGGUGACGGAGGAGGAAGUCGCAUGUGCUGUGAGCACUCUGGUGGCGAAGGUUCCUGAUGGCAGAGAUCACCCCUCUGAACAUCUAGACAUGGAGAGGUAAUGUUGGCCAGGAUUUCUUUGGGGUAACACUUGCAUCAGAUUGCCAUCAGCCUUGCAGCCAGCAAGCCGCCUGUCUCUUUUGUUCCCCAGUGUUUUUACUAAAGCAGAGCGAGGACCCGAUAACAUUUUAUCCGUUCGUGUAGAAAGUAGGAAUGGAGAGGCAGAGAUUGAGGGGAAAGGAACAAAAGCAUUUGAGGAAGUUCCCUUUUGAUGUAUUUUUUCCCUUACUCCUCUUAACUCCUUGCUCCUCUACUAUAAGGAAGAAAAAAUUGCCACGAGAGGGGGGGAUCUGUCUCUAGAAUAAACAAGUAAAAUAAUUUGUGGUGGAGAAUGAAAUGUGGUCAUUUCCAAGCUGUACACAGGCUUCUUAGUAAACCAAAGAUGCAGCUGAGCUUUGUUACUUAAAUAUAGCAGGAAGUAUUCUUUAUAGUGUUAUCGUUUUGUGAAGUUAUUAAAAGAAGCAAAAGGGGGUAGUUCUGAAAGCAGCUACACUGAUUUUGCAUGCUUUCAAAAUCUUCUGAAAAGGAUAAAUGUUCAGAAUUUCUUGAGAAACUAGGUCAGUUCAAAUAAGAUGUUGCAGGGGCACAAGGUGGUUUGUCUGCAGUCUGCUUGUGCUAAAGAGCCUUUUAAGUCUUUGCACUAGAUAAGAAUGAAUGAGGUCACUGGUUUAGCAAAUUCCCCACUUCUCAGUAGGACUGAAGUAUUUCCAUUGGAACUAAAACAUUGUCAGGGUGGAACCCAACUUCCAUUUUUUUAGAGAAAGAAAAUUGUUUCAACUUAAUUAUGGAUCUAACCAAAAUAUAGCUUAAAGGCUGUUGCAAAAUAUCAGACAGUUUAAAAAGAAUUAAGAGAUGGUCGAAGUUUUUCCUACUCUAGUAGAAGAAGCUUAAAAUCUGAGGUUUUAUCUUUUCAGUAAGGGGCUUGCUCACCUGUCAUUCCAGACAGCUGAAAUGAAAAACUCUAGAAACAGCCACCAAAAGUUAUCAAAAGCAGGGAGAGAGAGGGAAAAUGCACUGCUUGAACACUAGGUGUCACUACUGCUCCAUGUGCAAUAAUGUCGGGAGAUUUCCUUUUCCUGGUUCAGCAAUACUGGAGUCUGACUUGGCCAUUUUUAUCUAGAACUGAGCCAAAACCUAUUUAACCUGCUUCACGUUCCCCUGCAGGUGUGCUGAAAAGCAACCUCCCAUUUUUGCCAGUUUUGUAGCAGUGCAUUCAUAUUAUUCUCUCGGUCCUUUUUUCUCUCAGUGCUCAAUUUGUUCCCAUCUCCCAAUAACUCAAUCCGAGCCCCGCAUUGGCCAAAAGAUUCCUUCGUUGCAGGGAGUGUUGGACUUGAUAACCCAACUCUGCAAUUCUGUGAUAUAUAAAACCUGGCUCCUUGGCUUUCCACCAUGCCCAAAGCAUUGCUGCUCCUUUACUGUCCUAUCGCUGUCCUCCACAAAAUGUUGUUGUUUAGUCAUUUAGUCGUGUCCGACUCUUCGUGACCCCAUGGACCAGAGCACGCCAGGCACUGCUGUCUUCCACUGCCUCCCGCAGUUUGGUCAAACUCAUGCUGGUAGCUUCAAUAAAACUGUCCAACCAUCUCGUCCUCUGUCGUCCCCUUCUCCUUGUGCCCUCAAUCUUUCCCAACAUCAGGGUCUUUUCCAGGGAGUCUUCUCUCCUCAUGAGGAGACCAAAGUAUUGGAGCCUCAGCUUCAUGAUCUGUCCUUCCAGUGAGCACUCAGGGCUGAUUUCCUUCAGAAUGGAGAGGUUUGAUCUUCUUGCAGUCCAUGGGACUCUCAAGAAUCUCCUCCAGCACCAUAAUUCAAAAGCAUCAAUUCUUCAGCGAUCAGCCUUCCACAAAAUAAGCAUCUGCAAAACACUUUUGCAGUUCCUUUUCUCAGAUUGCAAGGAACUCUUGAGUUGUAGCCUGUGCUGUCCCAGCAGGAGUCUGGUAGCGAAACAGGACUUCUGCUUCCUCUCCUCCUCCUGUGGGUUGCCCCGUACCCCAAAUAAAUAUGCCCCAGGGGGGUCUCCCAAGUCCCAGCCCUUCAGAGCUGAUGUUGAGAUGUGCUGGAGGAGACAGAAGAGGAAACUCUGCCCCACAUGUGGGAGCCAGCAGAGCUGCGAUGUUGGAUGUGGCUCCUGCUGGUUUUGAAUGGGUAUGCUCUUCCUGGGACGGAGGUUCCAAAGAAGCUGACUAAUCUUUUUAUGUAUGCAACAGCCUCAGCCAGAACCUUAUAUGCGCCGAAAUGGAAAAAGGAAAAGGUUCCAACCAAAGAAGAAUGGCUUUAAAAUAAAUGGCAAAAUAGCUGAAAUGGCAAAAUUGACUGUAAAACCAAGAGAUCAAAAUGAUGAACUGCUAAUUAUUAUUAUUAUUAUUAUUAUUAUUAUUAUUAUUAUUAAUUUGUAUCCCUCCCUCCCUGGCCAAAGCCGGGCUCAGAGCGGCUAACAGCAGGUAAAAAUAGCACAGUGCACAUAAAAUCGCACAGUCAAUUAAUUAAAAUACAUUCUAGAAACAAUUCAGAAUCACAUUAAUGGCAACCAUCGGAUUAGAGUUCUAUGAAGGAUACAGAAGGAGAAAGGGAGUCAAACUGUGCCUUGGCCUAAGGCCUAGUGGAACAGCUCUGUCUUGCAGGCCCUCCGGAAAGAUGUCAAGUCCCACAGGGCCCUAGUCUCUUGUGACAGAGCGUUCCACCAAAAAAGCCCUGGCUCUGGUUGAGGCCAGUCUAACCUCCCUGUGGCCCGGGAUCUCCAAGAUGUUUUUAUUUGAAGACUGUAAGGUCCUCCGUGGGACAUACCAGGAGAGGCAGUCCUGUAGGUACAAGGGUCCUAGGCUGUAUUAUGGAGAACCGGAGGCCUUUUUUCUUUUACACUAUCAAAGUAUCUUAAUGAUACAAAAUCGUGAGCUGGAUUUCAGAUACGAGCGGCGGGUGGGGGGGAAGACAAGAUGGAGUUAGAGGAUUUAGGAACAAGUUGUUGUUGUUGUUGUUGUUUAGUCGUGUCCGACUCUUCGUGACCCCAUGGACCAGAGCACGCCAGGCACUCCUGUCUUCCACUGCCUCCCGCAGUUUGGUCAAACUCAUGCUGGUAGCUUCAAGAACACUGUCCAACCAUCUCGUCCUCUGUCGUCCCCUUCUCCUUGUGCCCUCAAUCUUUCCCAACAUCAGGGUCUUUUCCAGGGAGUCUUCUUUUCUCAUGAGGUGGCCAAAGUAUUGGAGCCUCAGCUUCACGAUCUGUCCUUCCAGUGAGCACUCAGGGCUGAUUUCCUUCAGAAUGGAGAGGUUUGAUCUUCUUGCAGUCCAUGGGACUCUCAAGAGUCUCCUCCAACACCAUAAUUCAAAAGCAUCAGUUCUUCGGCGAUCAGCCUUCUUUAUGGUCCAACUCUCACUUCCAUACAUCACUAUUGGGAAAACCAUAGCUUUUACUAUACGGACCUAGGAACAAGUAGAACGCAGCAAUUAAGGAUAAGGAUGGAAAACAUCAGGGCAGGAAGUCAGAAAGAAAAAUAGAUGUGAAGUCAGUUUGUUAAGACCUUUGAAAUAUCUAAUAAAAACGAAUGUUGAAUGUAUACGCUCUCUCUUGUUCCUCAGCACUAGUCAAGACACUGAGCUUAGGAAGAGAACUGUUGAUGCCUCGCCACAAAGUGAAGAGAUGGUCAAGUCGGAAGAAGACGACGAUGAGAACAUGAUGUCAACUUGGAAACCAUUUCUGGUCAACAUUUGCAUGUUCACUGUUCUGACCGCGGGAGCAUACCUCUGCUACAGGGUAUGUUUCCAUUGAUAGACAUGCCAGCGAUGGUAUCGAGAACGCCAGUAGCUUCGCCGGCGUUUUAACUUUGUUACAAUAAAAGAAAGCUAAAGCGGGGGGGCAUCCAAGCCUUUGCCCCAGUGGAAGUAUAUCUUAAGUUUGAGAUGCUGGAACUUUGGUUAGGGCUUAAAGAGAAAAUUGAUGCACUAGGGUUUAAUAUUAGCCCUAUGGUCCCAAGAACAUAAUAUUCUAAUCUCAGGGCCUUAAGAUAUUCAGGAGUAAGCAGAGAAUAUGCCAAAUAAGUCUUGUGGGGGUUUUUUUUUCCUUUCAUUAUUUUUUCCUUAUUUUUAAAAAUGGAAUAAUAAGAGUUUACAACACAUUGUUUUUUAGAAGUCUUUUAAAGCCAGUUUUCGUUCUUUUGGUUGUUGUUUUUCAGGGGGGGGAAGCAAGUGAAAAAUUGCUUGUAUUCUCCAAGUGUUUGUAACCAAAUACAUGAUUGGGUUCCUUAAAUCACCACUAUUGGGUUCCUUAAAUCACCCACACAUGCACACACCCCUGAAGAAUGUACAACUUUUUAUUUUUAUUUUUAUUUGAGAGGGGAGAGCUCUUUACUGCAUGCCUUUUCAAGACUGAGGACUCUCUAAAGAACCACUUUUUUGUAAGUUCUGUUGCUUAAAUUGGCUGCUGCUCAGGAGCCCCAGUAAAUGAAUGGAGAUUACAUAAUAAAUACAUGCCUCUGCAAAUUGAAUUUCACCCUGAAGUGUGGGGUUUUCUGGCAGUGCAGGUAUCAUGGAUAGAUUUUAUCUUAAAUAGAUUCUUGCUUUCAGCGCAGUUGUAAUGGGCAUCUGCUGUUGCUCAGGGCAUCCCAGCAGGUCAAACGCUACUCUUUCCUUCUUCCUUUAAGACAAAAUCUCCCACUCACCAGCAACACCAAAUGCAAGUCUUCUGUCGCACUCCUUAUUAUCCCCAUUGCUUAGCACCCUUCCAUAACUCUCUCUCUCACACACACUUUCUCUUUCUGUCUUUCUCCCUGUCCUUUAGGGAGAGGGGAAGGAAAAUACAAUCAAAAUAUAUCCACUAGCAUUUGCAAAAUUGUUUUGGAAAGGACCAGUGUUCUUAAGCAUCAGUAUCAUAAUUUGGAAUGUAAAAUGCAACUUCACUCUAGACCUGCCAUGUGAAAAGAAUACGCUUUCUGUACAAAAUGGAACAAGAAGAGUUUAAAAUAAUUCUUAGAGCUCCUUUAUGCUGCAGAAAUGUAUCUCAAGGAAUCCCAAGUAGCUAUUGCUGGACAGGGGGUGGGCAGGAGGGGGACUUCCCUUUUGGAGAAAAGCUGAGCAAAUGAAGGGGCUCUCCAAAUCAACAAGUCAUUUUGCAAAAUGCAAGAAGUCACUGCUGGUGGCUUUUAGUUUUAUUGCCUCCCCCCCCCCCCUGCCCUUGAACAAAGAUUUCAAGUUUGGCUUUUAUGUGGCUUAAGAUCAUGCUGUUCAGUAGCCAGGCUUAAGCCACCUGCCUGCCUCUGCAGAAAAGAGUGUCCAGCCUAACUCGAAACAGAUCCAGGUUCUGUUCUGCUCCAUCUGAAGAUGAAGAUUUGAGUUUUUUGUUUUUGGUAUAGCUUAACUGACCAUAGCUGCUAAAAGGAGGGUAAAAGUUUAGACCAAUCAUGUAUUUUGUCUCUUUGCUGGAUGAUAUGAUGGGGGGUAGUAAGCUAGGACUUUGUCAACUCUUCUUACUGCAUUCGACUGAAAUAAUAAUCACGCAGAAGAAUCCUUUGUCGGUGCUGCAGAGAACAAGACAAAUGCAUUCAUUAGAGUUGUAGCCUGUUUCAAAGUAAAACCAUGACAAUAGACCUACAAGUGUGACUGAUCAAUGCUUUAAAAAUUCUGCAAAAUUCUAAUUAUAUAGCACUUAAGUACCAUCUACCUUAAAAAACAACAACAACAGAGUAGACUUCUCACUCCAUAUUUAUUUUGGUUUGCCACCACGCUCACAAACUUUAGCUCUUUGGGUUUUUUUCCCUUGAACCACUGGAUCUUGGGGAAGGAAGGAGUGGUUGGAUCAAAAGUAAAUGAAGUCAAGCUUUGCAUCAAGGGCUUUUCAAAAGUACAAUAAUAAUCUUCAGGUAGUAAUGGGAAAGUUAAGACACACACGCAGGCAGACAGACAGACAAAGUUACCCGUGAGAUUGCUGUUUAGACUAGAAUUUGAAAGGAGGAAUACUCAAGCAGUCAAUCUUCAGUAGUACAGUAAUAGUGCAAGCGUGAAAAAUACUGAUUAUGAGUAUAGAAAAUGGUAUAACUAUAUAAUGCUCAUCUGUGUAUUUUUACUAUACAGUAUGUGAUUGCUUUGUCCCCAUCUCUCUCUCUCUCUCAUUCAGUAGGCUCUUGUUGAGAAGCAACAUUAGUUAGCACAUUUUUAUUCAGAUGCAUGUAUAAAGUCCCCUCCCCCCCAAAAAGAGAGAGUCCUGGUCAAAAUCCAUGUGCUUGAAAGUUGAAAAAGAGUUUAAAAUAUAUAUAUAUAUAUUUCUGCUUACCAAUGUACCCAGAUUGUAUUUGCAUGAUCUGAUUGUUUAAAUGGCCGUGGUUCCAAGAGUGUUGCUGAAAUGUCUUCGUUCAGCCAAUAGAUUGGUAGGUGUGGUCUUUUUAAAAAAUACAACAAACCAACAACCAACAAACAUCAGGUUACCUGUAUCUUGCCUAAUAACUUGGCAUGACUUUCUAUUCAGUUUUAUACGUCUGCUGUGCAACCCGGUUGUAUGCCACUCUCUUAAGCUGAGUAAAUAUUGUACAAACAUUCCAGAGGGUGUACAAAGCCAUAUUCACACACACCCCUCUCUCUCUCUCUCUCUCUCUCUCUCUCACACACACACACACACACGUUCCCUGCAGGAAACAGGUGCCCAGAUCCACGAAGCUGCUGUCUGAAACCCCAAAGGAGCAGCUUUUCUUUCUCUCUCUUUCUCUCUCUCUCUCUCUUUUGCAUAGGCCAUCAGAACCAAAGUGAGAUUUGAAAUCUGCGCUUUGUUGUUAUAUAGAGGAUAUGAAAAUCAAAGCUCUUGAACUUAGCAGCAGGUGAUAAAUGAAUGGUAAUAUUAUUCCUUGGGCUUGUUGUUGGGGUUUUUUUUUUCGUGGGGGGAAUGGUUGAAUUCAGAAUGUCUCUCCUUAAAAUCCACAGUGACUUGAUUGUACUGUUACGUCUGUCCCCUUCAGCGAGGAAGAAACUAAAGAUCUCCCUUGCUAGCCAGAGAUACGGGGAGGGUGGACUGGCUACCACGUCUCUCCUGGGUUUGCCAGUAUUAGUGAUUUGCCUUUUUAUCCUAUUUGAACUCGAGAAGGACUCGUACUGUAGUGAAAACAUGCAGUGGAAUUGCCCUAGUCAAAAGCCCGGUGAGGUGUGUAUAAGGCUUAUAAUGCUGAACUUGUAAGCAUUUUGUUUUGGUGUCCUGUCUAUGUAUGUAGUAGUUUGGGUGUGUAAAUACAAGUAGCAUUUCAAAGUGGAUGUAUUGGUUAACCUAUUCUUGGGAUGGGGGCAGGGGUGGGGUGGGAAGUGGGGGCCGGAAAAAAAAAUAUCCAUGUUUAAACUUGUUAGAAAGUUAGUGAGCUGCUCUGCUAUAUGCCUUAAGCAAAUAUAUACUCAUCAGGUCUUUCUUUUUUACAGAUUGCCAUAGAAAAGUUUUUUUUAAGAAAAAUAAAAUAAAAUCUUUAAAAAAAACAACAACGAACAAGCUAAAUGUUUUGGUAUAAUACGUUUUCAGGUAUAUUGUCUUUUGUGUAAGGCGCUGCAAUGACCUCACAGUUUCAGUAAAAAACUGUACAGUUUUUCAAUUUCCCAUAAAGAUUUUCAGUUCUCAUUUUAGCUGCAACAAUAAAAUUCUUUUGU